AUGCCUGGCAGCGGCGGCGCCGGCGGAGACUGGAGCACCGGGGGCGGCGGCGGCGGCGCAGGAGGAGGGGGCGGCGGUGCAGGUGGCGGCGGCGGCGGCGGGGAGAACAAUGCGGGGGACCGGCAGCCCGGCCGGGGCGGCCCCCACCGGCCCCUCCACUAUUGCAGCGCUGGGGAGGACGAGGACGGGGAGGACGAGGAUGAGAUCCAGGAGGUGCAGAUAACGGGGGACGAGGAGGGAGCCGAGGAAGGGAUCCUGCUGCUGGACGACGACGAGGAAGAGGAGGAGGAGGAAGAGGAGGAGAUGAUGAUGAUGGGGCUGGAGUGGGCCGUCUCGGAGGAGCCGGGCCAUAUGAUCCGUAUGGACCAGGGCACCGGAGUGCUGCUGGACUCGGCGGCGGCGGCGGCCGUCUGCGGCGUCCGGGGCCGCCUGGGAGGCGUCCGGGGAGUUGGCGGCGGCGGCAGCAGCGGCGGCGUCGGGGCUUCGGCGGGGGGGCGCCCCCUCGGUGCCCGUGAGCGCCCGCGGCGCUGCCUCCGCCGCCGCCGCUUCCCUGGCCGGCCAGGCGCCCGCCGCGGGCCCCGCCGACGACUCGGACCCGGAGGCGGAGCUGCUGCUGCAGCGCCCCGAGCGGGCCCGCCUGAGCGAGAACACGCGGCUGGCCACCCGCUACGCGGUGCGCAUCUUCCGCGAGUACCUGAGCGAGAAGGCGCAGAGCCCGGACUUCGAGACCAUGGACAAGGGGGCGCUGUGCCGGGUGCUGCGCUCCUUCUACGCCGAGGCGCGCUCCAAGAGCGGGCAGCUGUACUCCAAGUCGUCGCUCAUCAGCAUCCGCAGCUCGCUCAACCGCUACCUCAACGAGCCGCCUUACUGCCGCACCCUGGACCUCACCAAGGACCCCGAGCUGCGCGCCGCCAACCUGACGCUGGCCGCCGUCAUCCGCAAGCUGGAGGAGCAGGGCGCCGGGCCGGUGGUGCAGAAGCAGGCCAUCACGCGCGCCGACCUGCGCAAGCUGUACACCUGCAGCGUGUUCAGCACGCAGAGCCCCUUCGGGCUCCUCAACAAGGUCUGGUUCGAGACCUGCAUGUACUUCUGCACGCGCGGGCGCGAGAACCAGCGCGAGCUGGAGGAGGACUCCUUCGGGCUGGCCAUGGACGAGGACGGCCGCAAGUUCGUCUACUUCAAGGCCCUGGGGCCUUACCACAAGUCGCGCUCGUCGUCGUGGAGCAAAAAGCGCGCCGAGAGCAGCGACGAGGAGAACCUGCCGCGCAUGUACGAGACGGGCACGGAGUUCUGCCCCUACGCCAGCUUCGUCAAGUACUUGGCCAAGCGCAACCCGCUCUGCAAGGCCUUCUUCCAGCGCCCGCGGGACCACUGCAGCGAGGGCGACGUCACCUGGUACGAGAACAAGGCCAUCGGCAAGAACCUGCUGGGCACCCGCAUGCAGAUGCUCUCCAAGGCCGCCAAGCUCUCCAAGACCUACACCAACCACUGCAUCGGCGCAGUCUCCAUCGCCACCCUCAACAGCAUCGCCGGCAUCGGCACCAAGCUGCCCUCGGGCGCCGCGGCGGCCGGAGGGGGCUGCUACGCCCACCUCAACGGCAGGGCCCGCGCCCCACCGCCGCCGCCGCCGCCCGCCAACAACGGCGCCUACGUCCUCCCCAAAGACGGCGACGACCUCGCCGGCGUCAAGGCCGAAGCGGCGGCCGUCGUCGUUCCCGCCAAGCGCUCCCUCUAUGAGGCGAUGUACGCGGCGGGGGGCGGGGCCGCGGCGGGGGGCGACGCCUGCGGCCCCUCCUCGUCCCCCAAAAGACUCUGCCUGAGGCCGGCCGAGCCCCUGGACGCGGCGGCGGCGGCGGCGUCUGUGGUGGUGGUCUCAGUGAAACACGACCCCUUGCCACUCCUCAUCCCCGAGGCCAAUGGGCACAGAAGCACCAACUCUCCCACUGUCAUGUCACCUGCUAUGGUUUCCCCCACACAGGUAACAAAAAAAGGAAAGAUGAGAAAAAACUUUAUCCCCCCCUCCCCCCAUACACACCUUUUACUUUUCCCAACUCCUCCUGUCAACUUCAAGGAAUUCCGGGCCAAAAGGCAGGUGCAGGUUGCAGCCCACUGCAGGCAGCCUCCUCCAGAGUUUAGAUUCCGAGGAAGCUAUCUUAGGGCAAGUUUGGAAACUUGAGACAAUAACUGUCCUGACUUUUAGCUUUGGCCCAUGGGGAAUCUGGAGGAGAGGUGAUUUGGGGAAAACUUUCCUGGUUUCCCCCACCUCUGCUUGGGUCAAUAACUGUCCUGACUUGGAUAGCUCAGUUGGUUAGAUCACGGUGCUGACAACACCAAGGUUGCAGGUUUGGACAGCUGCAUAUUCCUGCAUUGCAGGGGGUUGGACUAGAUGAUCCUCAGGGUCCCUUCCCAUUCUACUAAGCUAUCAGGGAAAUCUGGAGGAGAAGCAUUUUUAAAAUUACAUUCAGCCCCCAUCCACUAUAUACCAAAGGACAGAAUUUAGCUGCUGGAGAACCUAAGUGGGGUCAGACUUUCGGAAAGUGAGUCAAAAGUAAUUUUAAAAAGUUCGGAGACCUUGUUUAAAUGUUUGUAAUCCUUGACAAUCUAAGUAGCUUAAGUCCUCAUCAGCAAUGGGAGCUGGAAGGCUUCAGAUUUCAGAAGUCACUCCCCACUCCGUAAAAUUGAUUUCACAUGUCCACUCCUUCUGCCUUGUUAAAUUGGGGCAUAGGUAGUUUUUUUUGAAAACCAGUUACUGUAUGAGUAAUUGGAUCUUAAUCACAUAUUAUGUCACUUCCCCUAUUGUCACUAUAUAAGGAUCCUCGCUGUAAAAAAAAAGCAUCCUAUAAAAUACAUUUGAGUCAACAAUGUUAUUACAAGCUGCUGCAAUUGACUCUUAAACCUCCUGAUGGUCUGGUCUCCAGCAUUAACAAUGAAUUCAGUCUAAGCUUUGAAAGAGCUCUAUUCUGUGGGUACAGGUAUAUGACAUGCCUGAGCAAUUUCCAAAGUGGAAAUACCAGUUUUGUACAAACUGACCCUUUCAGAGGAGUUUGCCAGCUAAUCAGCCAGCCUGAAGGCUAAUUGAAGAAUGGGCCUUUUUGUGAAUGGCUGCAUCAGCAUCUGUCUUCUGUAAAAUACAUGUGACCUCUCUUUACUGUUUGGAGUUUGGGGCCACUUGAGUAGAGUAUUGUACUUUGGUCUCCUGCUGCGUGUAUCUUAUGGCUGUGAAUGACUAGAGAUCUGCUGAUGUGUGGAUAAUGUUUUUAUUCUAGCUUGUUGAUGAAAGAAACUACAUCUUAUAUAUAGUCGGCAUGAGAUUACCAAAAGUUGGGAUGGAUGGUUGAAAACGUCUUUCAGAGUUGUGUUCUUAUGUUGCAUGUCUGUGAGCAAGAAAUUAAAAAAGACAAUCCAUCUUAAAAGAAGUAUAUUUGUAUGCAAGUGUAGUAGUUCACCACCGUAUGUUACUGCAGUUAGUAAGAGGAACUGCUCGUUAAGCUGCGAAUCACUUUUACCACAUAAUUUAUAAAGCCCCUUUAACCAAUAAUUUAUAAUUGUGUUCCCUGAACUGCAUAAGUAAGAAGCUUACCUAAGGUGAACUUAGUUUUUGUAGUUGUUUUAAAUGCUGCUGACUGCUAAAUCAGACAUUUCAUUCAGAUAAGAGGAAAAGUCAGACUGCUCAUGAAAUUGUAUAUGUGGUAGAUAGAAUAAAGACAUCUGUUGUUUCUGUGUUUAUAUUCCCCCCCCCCCAAGAAAUGAGCAUUCAGUGAGAUGGGAAGAUGUUGAAAUGUACUUUAAUAGUAAUCCUCUAUUUUAUGUGUGUUUGGGGGUGUUCUAGAUUAGGAUUAGGUAGGGUAAUUGACUGUCCAUUCAUUUCUACACAGGACUGGUGUGGGGAUAAAUAUUUUCAUUUGCUUUGUGCAUUAAGAGUGUGAUUUUUUUUAAAGCAAAAGAAACAAUUUCAAUAGGCUGUGUCUACUAACCGUUCUAUCUGCAGUUAUUAUUUUCCAAACAAUUGCAGAAUUCCCAUCCCUUUUUUUCAUGGCUGGCCCCGAAAGCAUUUGAAAUAUGGGAAAAUAAAUUUAGUCUGCAAUCCUAACCCCAUGUACCUGGGAGUAAGCAGUAGGACUUACUUCUGUGUAAACAUGAUUUCAGUAGGGCUUACUUCUGAACAUACAUGGCUAGGGUUGCACUCUAAGAGUCUUUCACUGCUGUCUCUUAAAAUGAAAAUAGCCAUAAUGAUAAAGUCAUAGAGUUGUUUGAAGAAAUGGAUGGCUGGGUGAAUAAGCCCAAAGCACUACCUUGAGCCAUCAAAUGUUGUAGCUGGCCAUUAAUCUAGAGGAAAUGACUUGACCCACAAUAGUUAUUGCUUAAUUAUAAACAUAGACUUUCCAGGUCAUUACUGAGUUGACUUCAUCAAGUGGUAUGCCACUGAAUUCCAUGGCUGACAAAUAUUGCUGCUUUCAUGAUAGCUUCAAGGUCUUGAAGGUCAUAGACUGAUAGUUUUAUUGACUCUCAGUAUUAUAAAGAUGUACACGCUGCCAGUAAUACGAGUCUAAAAAUAAAUGGUGCACUCUAGUUUAAGGUGAAGACUAGAGGUAAAGUAUUGAUCUCCCUGAAAUCAAGAAAGUUAAGGCUUCACCUAGAGUUACUUGAUGAACAUAUUUGGUGCUCUUAUAAUUUGUAAUAUUGGCAUCCUGACACUAAGUAUGCCUAGGCUCUGAUGUAUGAAAUGAAAUAUAUAUUCCUUUGAAUCCAGUGACCAGCCACUAUGAUACGACAGUGGGCAUGACCCCCACAUUUGCAUAUGAAGGCUUCCUGUUCUCUUUUGUGAAUGAAAACACACUGUGCAAGGAUUGCUCAGGUUGUACAUUCCUUUGCUCAUUGAAUAUGCUGCUGGUUAUGCUUCUAUCCUACCCUUCUUCCAUGGAGCUAAAAGUGGUAUACUUGGGUCUUCAGAUAGCUUCUCAUCUAGUCAGGCCUAAAACUUUUGGUUUUUGUCAUGAAACUGUUUGAGACCAUUCUUUGAGAACAGGAAAGCAUGUGUGUGUUUUAUAUGUGUGUGCAUUUGACUUCUUGGAUCAUAUGUGUAAUUAAGGGUGCAUCCACACUUACUCUGUGUAUACCAGUAUAAUACUGGAGAUAUCCAGAGCAAACAUGUAAAAUGUGGGUGACUUUUUGUUCACAGCUAGACACAGGAAACAUUUCAGUUACGUUUGUUGCAUAAGGUACUGACAUAAACAUAUUCAGAUAACUUAAUGUGCCAGUAGCUACCAGAUGUAAAUGUACUGGUAUUUCAGGAAUGCCAAGUUCAAGAUUUUGAUAACUGUUACUACAUCCACCUUUCUCUUUCAUACUAAGAUAUCUUUUCUUGUUCUAUGGAGAUAUCUUUUAGUGUAUGAGAUACAGGGGCAUUGUAGGAUGCAGCAAUGAAAUGAGGAGAAGGCAUGCUAAAUGUUCCUUUGAUCCAGCUAUCGCUUUAGGUAGCAGACACAGCUAGACACAGGAGGCAUUAUAGUAUUUUAAUCAUACGUGGCUGAGCCUCCAUGACCUUGACUUCAGUCUUUUUGCUUCUGAAGCGCUACAGUGAUGCAAUAACAUAGUUGGGACUGAUGAAUGAGGUUUUUAAAUUGUCUGUUGCAUACUUGUGUAUUCAUUUUCCAUAAAUGAUCAAGAUCUCUAAUAGUGCAGUGCAGCAGCUAUUAAGAGGUAUCUAAUCAGUCCUUUUUGAGUUUACUUAUUAAAGUUUAGAAAUUAUCGUAAGAGACUAGAUUGACAUUAGUCAGGGCUGUAAUGGGAACAUGAGAUGCCUGUUUCUGUUGUAGCUUAGAUGUAUUUGGAUACAAAGGGUACUGCAUGGAUUACUAUUCAUUCGUAGCUGCUGGUCCUCUAGCAGUUAGAGAGAGCAUAAGACUGGGUUGUCAGAGAGUGAGACCAGGGCUUAACCAUGCUGUGUUGUGUAUAUAAGGAAGGAGAGUUGGUGUGACUGAGGUAAUGAAUAUCUUUGGGUUAAUUAUUCAACUUCAUUUGUUUAUCACUGUGGACCUGGAGAUUGCUCAAGACAAGACCACUACAUCAAAGGAAUUCAAUAUAGAUAAAGAAAGACAAAUGAUUACAGUAAUUAUUAAAAAUGACAUACAGUAGCACCUUGCACUGUCUGGCUAAGGGUUUUAUGUCCUGUUCUUAAACAUGCUAUUAGUCAUUCUUAUAGUCAGAUGAUUUGAAUGCAAAUAAGCAUACCAUAAUCACAUCCGCCCAUGGUAGCCUCUGGGAGACAGCUGCCCUGUGCUGACAUUAAGCUGUGUCAGGGGUGAAGCAACUGUAGACAUCCACUGGUAUAGACAGGAUUCAGCUUUAGUCAGUGGCAUAUCAAAAGUCAAAUCGGCUGAACCCCACACCUGACAGUAGAUUCUGAUGCCUGCUUUGUUGCUUGCUGAUGUAGCUGAUAGUCCACACAAAGUUGCUCUUUUUCUGUGGCUGCUACCUGCUGAGAUGGCUGUGACACCUGAGCCUAAGUUGUUAAUAUUUAUCUUCUGGUUUUCUACCAAGAGAGGCAAACAACAUGAUUGUAAUAUAAUAUAAUAAGCACAGUUAACAAACAAUGUCUAAAAGCAAUACGAAACCAACAAAGCAAGAGCCUAACCACAAGUAGCAAGGGUUAAAGAUGUUAUACAUUAAAUCUGGCAGCAAUAAAAUGUAUGUGUUGCGUAUUGAAAACCAGUGGAAUAAGAAGCACCUUCUAUUUCUGGUGAAAGAUGCACAAAGAGGGAAGCUGUUGAACUUCAGUUGGGAGAGCAGUCCAAAAUCAUGCUGUCACAACAGAAAAUAUCAUUCAUCAACUCUCCCAGGAUUGCACCAAGUGCAAGGCUUCUGACAAUAAUUUGAACUUUUGUUCCAACCGGUAUCAGACUAAGUACUCUUUAAGUUAACCUAGUUUGAAAGUGUUUGUUUGGGGCUUUGGAGACUAUACUGUCAUUUGAGUGAAGCUCAGAAGCAAAUAGGAAGCUUGAACUAACAUAAUAUCAAAGUUCUUUAGAGUGCCAGACAAAAGUCCAGCUUCCAGAUUUUGGACCAGUUGCAUCUUCCUGGGUUUCAAAUGCAACCCCAUGUAGAGAGCAUUACAGUAAUUCAGUCUGGAGGCAACUGAAGCAUGGAUGAGAUGAACUCAUGACACAUGAAUUUAUAUGAGUUUUCAUGCCAGCUUUUCUGGCCCUGCAAUCCGUUUUUUCCACUUAGGAUUUGAACCCUGGUCUCACAGGUCCUAGUCCAAUGUUCUUAAAUCACUACACCACAUCAGGUUGUAGUCAACUAAGUCCUACUCAAAGUAGACCCACUGAAAUUAAUCACCCUAAGUUAAUCAUGCCCAUUAAUUUCAAUGGGUCUACUCUGAGUAGGGCUAGACUUGAAUGCCACCCACUGACUUUAAUACAGAAUUUUAUGUUACUUAGGAAGGCAAGACGUUCCCAUACUUUUGGGGUAACAAGUGCCUGUAUAAUAUACUACCUUGUUAACCUUUUGUCAUUUCACCUAUGUGAUGCCUCUCUUAAGUCCAUUUCUUUGCACAAUACUUGAAUAAAACAUUUACGUUUUCAAGCUGAGUGGUCUGUAUGCAACAGUCAUUAAAAACUGAGCCAGAGAAUGUUUAAUAUUUUGUGUCUUGGCCAGACUUGAUCAGUCUGCAUGGGUGCCAUCAGGAGAGGCAAGAAAAUUAUGACUGGAGAGCUGAAGUAGCACCUCACAAAAAAAAACCCCUCUCCUCAGAUAGUUAAAUAAUUCACUACCCUCAGUAUAUGAACAUCAAAGUCCUAAUGCACAAACUAGAAUUGCAGGUGCCUGAAAGCAUUUUCCCUAUUAAAUGAAGCUUCUGUGCUUUUGCUGUUGAAAAGGGCUCCUUUUUUGCUCACUGUUCUCCUUGCAGAGACCCAGAGAUCAGAAAAUGCUCAUUUUUAAUUGGUGAAUCUGUAUGACAGUGUGAGCUGACUUAUUUUAUGUAUGGGCUAGAAAUAAAUGAGUGGUUAAACCCUUUGAAAUGCGCCACUGCUGCAAAAGCCAUGGGCUGUAAUUAAAUUGAAUGUAGGGUUGUAUUGUCUGCUGCCUUUAGCUAUAAACUUGAUAAUAGACCCUAGUACACCAACUAUUGUGUUAGAAGUUGGAACCUAAUUAGUUAUGUUGUAGAUUUUUCAGCCACUUUGGAAGACCUGUCUUCUCUCUUCCCCCUUUCUUUUUUGGUGUGUCAGAAGCAUGUGCAUCCCCCCGCCACCCCCCACCCGCCUGCCUGCCCUCUUCAAAUGAAGAAAGCAUUGAAGGUGGCUCUGAAAUAUCAGUGUGCCAGUUACUGCUUAAUGGACCAUAUGUUGUGAAUUCUGGGGAAGUGAUUUCAGUACAAUUUGGAUUCAGUGUCAUUUGCAGAAACUUGUAAAGUACAUGCCUAAGGGCAGCCUGUUAUAAGCCCUGACUUUUGGGCACUGGUUUUCUAAAGGAAAAUGGGUUGCUAUAUCUAAUACUUGCGCAGUCCAGCUGCAGUUUUUUUAAAGGCUUUUAAAAAAUGGUUUGAUACAUUGGUUUUGUUUGUUUUUUUAAAAAAGAAAGAUUUAAAUAUGAGCACUUUUGAAACAACUAUCAUCCAUCCCCAACUUCUUCAUCAUUUUUUUUUAGAAAAUUCAUGUCUAAAGGAAAAAGUAUAGUGCCUUGUCAGACAUUAGACUCCAGGGUCAUAAUUGUAUGAAACAUUGCUUCUGUGCAACUUCAGUAGAGAGCUCAAUGGAAUAUCCCACUGGUAGAAGGCAGGAAGGCCAUUUUCUCAGCAUUUUCCUCUGUCACCGCAGUGCCCAUGCUCCCCAGAAAGAUCCCACAACCCUCCAGGAAAGGUUGGGAAGGGGCAACACAAGGUACGGCAAGGUGAUGAGGAGAAUUUUGCCAUGCUGUGCUAAAAUACUCCAUAUCUUAUUCAUUCAUUGCACUUAUGUGCCAUCUUCCUUCCCAAGGCACCCAAGGUGGUUUGCAGUUUUAAAAGAUUAAAGAAAUGGUGUACUAUCACUAGACUAGGGGUUGUGAACAUAGUGCCCUCCAGAGGUUAGACUACAAUUCCUGUCACCCCUGACCAUUGACCGUGCUGGCUGGACCUGUUGGGAGUUGUAGUUCAACAUCUGGAGGGCACCAUGGUGGCUACCCAUGCACUAGACAAAUGAUUGUAUUUACCAUCUGGUUGUGAAACUGAUGUGAUCAUGUUUAAACCUCUGAUUGAGACCUAAUAUUUGACUUGAUACUGAACUGCCAUAACCAGCACUGGUUCAGUGACAGGGGUCAGCUUUAACUGCUGUUACAGUACUAAAAUAUAAGGCACUAUGCUGGUAUAUACAUAUGAUUAAACCUUUUUGCAAUAAUUGGUAAUUAAUUGUUGAGCCAUUUUUACUUCUCUCUCAACCUCUUUGCAUCUGUCUCUUCUGAGAAGCCUCUGGCUUCUAGCCUUUAAUCGAUUAAAAACUCCAUUAAAUCGCACCAGCUAAUAUUAAGCCUCGUAUAGCAAGCAGAUAAAUAUUAUGAAGAUUCAUUAUAUCAUUUUGUGUUUCAUUAUGCAAGAGUAAUUGAGACAUGUUUUUAUUUAUUGUUUGCAGUAAAUCACACAACAUGUAUUAGCUGGUAGCUAAGUGUGAAUGAUGCCUGUGAUAGCAUAAGAACAGCACCACUAUGUUCUGGAGAGAAACUAGAAUGUCAAUGGUAAAAGAUCCAACUUGCCCUCUGUUUCCAGCUGAGGCACUGUUUGCAGAGGCAAAUUCGUGAAAUCCAAACAUGAUAGGACAGAAACACUGGAUCACUUUAUUUAUUUAUUUAUUCAGUCACUCAAUUUGUAUUUUUAUAUUUGAGCCUUUCUCCAGUCUGGAACACAUAAAGCUAUGAAAGUAGCUAACUGCUACACACACACACACACACACACACACACACACACAACCUUUGGUUUGUAGAACUGGUACUGUUACAGGUACCACAUGAUACACAUUCCGCAGUUGUAAGAAAUCAAACUUUUGUGUUCAGAACCCCCUGCCUAGUGACCAGGGUGGAUUUGAUUUAAAUCAAAUCAAUUUAAAUCACUAGUCAGUAAGACAGAUAAUUAUGAAAUUAUUGUGAGAUUUAAUAAUUUAACUGUUUCUAUUUGGACAACUUUUCUGCGGUACUUUAUUGGAAGGAGAAAAAUAAUCAUUUCCUUAAAAACAAUUUAAACAAUUAUUUAACUAAAACAAUAACAUUAUAGCAUAUGUAUCCAUGUCUGUUAACUGAUGUGGUUAAACGGUUUAAAAAAACAAAAAACAAAACUAAGACUGAGUCUUAGCACACAUGAAAAACUUAAAACAAAUUGUUAUUUCCCAGUGAAUAGCCUUUAGACUAUUAUGUAACUUAAAUAGAAAACUAUCUUUAGAAAGAUUUUUCCUCCAAAAGCAUUUUAUUUUAAAAAAUCCAAUUUAAAUUAAAAAAUCCAAUUUAAAUUAAAAAAUCCAAUUUAAAUUAAAAAAAGCAAUUUAAAUUUAAAAAAAAAUCAGAUUUUUUGGAUUUUUUAAAAAAUCCUUGAUUUUUAUCCACCCUGCUAGUGACACUACUUAAAAUGUUUUAGUUUAGGCAAGUCACCCAGACACAAAGAUGCUGACAUCUUUCAAACUCAGAUGAUGAUUACACGGUCCGGAUCAGUUCAUCUGGGAAGAGGCUGUCCUUGAGUUAUUGUGGUCCUGAACCAUUUAAGGCUUUAUGGGUCAAAACCAGAGCUUUGGAUUGGGCCCAGAAAUUAAUUGGCAAGCCAGUACAGCUGGACCAGGAUCGGUGUAAUAUGCUCAAACCAUCUUGCCCCAGUGAACAACCUGACCACUGAAUUCUGCACUAGCUGAAGUUUCUGAACCAUCUUCAGAGGCAGCCCUAUGUAUAGCAUGUUGCAGUAAUCUAACCUAGAGGUUACUGGAGCAUAGACAACAGACGUUUGGCUAUCCCUGUCCAGAUAGGGGUGUAGUUGGGCCACCAGCCAAAGCUUAUAGAAGGCACUCCAUGCCACUGAGGCCACCUGAGCCUCGAGCCACAGCAAAGGAUCCAGGAGCACUCCCAAGCUAUGAACCUGUAAGCCCAUCAAGAGCAGGCGAUCUCCCACCCAUCCAGUCUAGGGAACCACCCACUAACAGUGCCUCAGUCUAAUCUGGAUUGAGCUUCAGUUUGUUGGCUCUCACCCAGUCCAUUCCCAAGGCAAGACACUGAUCCAGCACAUAACUGAUUUGUAGAUGAUGAUUGGGCACCGUUCCAAUGAUUUGGGCAUUAGUUUCAUUAAGCUAUUUUUCUCUGAAGUCAGAGGAGGAACACAACCUUACUGAGAAAUUGGUCCCAUUGAAUGAAUGCCACAACAAUCACAGGAAAAUUAGGAUUGACACUCUGAAGCAUUGGUAUGCAGGAUGUCCUGCAUCCCAGUCUUUUUUCUUUUUUAUAAGAGGGGACCAUCCUGUGUGCAUAUAUCAGGCAUCCCCAACCUGCGGCCCUCCAGAUGUUUUGGCCUACAACUCCCAUGAUCCCUAGUUAACAGGACCAGUGGUCAGGGAUGAUGGGAAUUGUAGUCCAAAACAUCUGGAGGGCCAAAGGUUGGGGGUGCCAGGUAUAUAUAGUAGGGAGCAGCAAGUUGUGUUUGAAGUGGUCCACCAGCUAUGGGAGAAAUCACCUUCUCUCAGCUGUACUGUUUGGAGAGGCUUAAGCUUUGUGUGCCUCUGUGUGUGUUCAUCCUCCACGAUCAGAGGCAACAUGACUCUGAAUACCAGUUGCUGGGAGUCACAAGUGAGUAGGAUGCUGUUGGGCCAGCAUCCUGCUUCAGGCCUCCCACAGGCAUCUGGCUGGCUACUGUGAAGAUACUGGACUACAAGGGACAUUGACCUGAUCAAGCAAGCUGUGUGUGUGUGAGAGAGAGAGAGAGAGAGGGAGGGAGGGAGAGAGAGCCUUAGCUAUGUGCCUGCAAAUGGGUGUGGUUUGUAUGUUUGGAGAUGACUUUGGCAUGCAGUUUUUGAAGGGUUGGUCAACCCUGAAUAUGGUUCUUGUACCAAUUUACUGCUCUCCCCUCCCCAGGUAUUUAUGAUCAUCAGGGGCUGAUACAGCAGAUUAGUAUUCUCUUUUUACUUCUGUAAAAUCUCUGGGAUGCCUUGAUUGAUUUCAAAUUCUGCCCUUUGUUUUGCUUCUUAAAUGAUGCCUGCCCCACCCUUUCCGAUUCUUGCCUUAAUUCUGUUCAGGGAUUUGCUGUAUGGAUGCAGUACACUGUGCCAAAACUGCCUAUCCAUUUUCUGGGAUGAGCAAAAUAUAACUCCAUAUAUUUCUUGCCUUCAGAGAAGCUUCACCUGCUUUCACCUGUAGUCACUGUAGUUUAUUUAUAGCAUUGCAUUGGUCUGGCAGGAUGAAUUAAGCUGGUUCAGUUGCUUAGACAAAAAUAGUUGCUUUUGAGAUACUCUUGCAUUAUUGCAGAUAAACCACAUUUACAGUUCACUGAAGCAAGAGAAACCCACGAAGGUCCUUGGGAGCAUCUGUGCAUUGUUUCAGAUCUGAUAGAUAUUUCAUAUUAAAAAGCAUCUUAAAUCAAAUACUAAAAAUCCGAAUAUUGGUGUGUGUUUCAGUAAAUGCUAUAAAUCAGGCCAGCACAAGCUAUGGCCCGCCAAUCCAAACACAGCUUACAAGCUGUGCAAUAUGCUCUGUAAAUCUUCUGGUGUUGCUGCUUGCCUGGGUCUGCAAAAAUAAGGAAGUUGUCAAGCGCCUGGCAAGCCACAAUAUAUGGCUGGUGGGCAGUUUCAGCUUGGUGGGUUGCAAGUUGCACCGGCUUGAUAUAAAUCCCUAUUGCCUGACUUGAGGAACUAUCUCAAGGAACAUAAAAUAAUCCCCUGAAACGUGUCUUGGCUCACUUGCUUUAGUCAUCUGGAGCCAUUUGAUGUGCACAAAGAAAUUCCCCCCCCAAAGGUGGUUAUAAAUAUCUGAAAUGCAAUUCCUCUUUAAACGUCCAGUACAUUUCAAGAAGCCACAAGCUCUUCCUCGGGUAAUUCUAAAAAGGCUACAAGGAGAGCUGGCUUCCUUUCUCUCUGCCAUGAGUGGUACUGACCGUUUACAAUCACCUUUGGGACUUCCCAUAUUAUGUAGCCUGCCAUUGUUGUGCCCUUUGCUUUCCCAGAGUGUGCCGUCUUUUAUAGUACACUGUUGUUGGUCUGGACUCUGGACUCUAUAGUUGAAGGGUCCUGUGUUAGAGCUGGAGGAGCUUUUUGGCUUCUUUCUGUUAUGUGAAAUCUGCAAAUAAUUGCACUUGAAGCCUAGGGAAACAUGAUGGUAUGUCAUUUUCCAGCUCCACAAUUCUAUGAUUCUACAUUUCUGUGAUUUUGGGCUCCAGCUGUGAGAUUCUGCCCCCCUCCCAAUUUUGGCAGCUAUGAUUGCUGAUCUAGAGCCAUAGCUAGUGGGAGGGGGGGUCUAGCCAGGGUUUCUGCCCUGGGUGAAGCCUCCAGAGGGGCGCCAUUGAGGCUGCCACCCUCUCAACAAGUCUGGGCUUUAGCAGGAGAGAAAGAUGAAAAAGUGAAUGGCAGCAGGAGUUCCAUCCUUCCCCUUUCCCCAUGAAGCUGAAGAAGGCUCAUUUACAACAUGAUAUAGGGAGAGAGAGAGCUGGAAAAUUUGGAGUGGCUGCAUGGCUCUCUCCAGUGCAGGCACCCCCAACCUCGGCCCUCAAGCUGUUUUGGGAAUACAAUUCCCAUCAUCCCUGAUCACUGGUCCUGUUAGCUAGGGAUGAUGGGAGUUGUAGUCCCAAAACAGCCGGAGGGCCGAGUCUGGGGAUGCCUGCUCCAGUGAAUCAGAAGAUAGGAUCCCCUGUGGGUUUGCUACUGUGUGAGAAUGAAAUUCAGGAGGUGCAGGAAGCUGAGGAAGAGAAUCUGUUGGACUAGAUGGUCCUUGGCUUCCCUUCCAACUCUACAAUUAUAUGUUUCUAUGAUCCCUUCAGAACUUUGAAUGUGUUUAAAUAGCUAACGUUGAGUCAUUUUACAGACUAUACAUGAUCUACGCACAGGAAAGUAAGGAGUGUGAGAGCAUUUUUCCUGCCAGAGGCAGUUUCCUGGCAAAGCUCUGGUCAGCCCGGCUGCAUUAGGAUUGUAAUGGGAGGGUACUUUCUACUUUAGACUUGCAAAAAGCAUUUCUUCACCUUACAUGGAACCUUAAAUGACUACAAAAUUAUCAUUUCCUAAAAUGAGUAAUUAAAGAAAAAUAAAAUUGAAAGGAAUCUUGUUGAAGCUUAUUCAAGAGUAAAUUUACACGUCAAAACUCUUUGAAAAGGGUUUGCACAGGACCAAGGAGAGAGGUGGGUGGCAAAAAGACACAAAGGGGGGGGGAGGACAUUUUAAAAGGAAACCAGAGGGUCUUGUGACCAAAUAAAUAGAAUUCAAAACCUGACCUCAGAUAGACAAUUGCUGCACAUGGAAGUUCUAUUUUGACAAACAAUUUGCUUUUUCUAGAAGGGAUGCUCAUUUUCCCUUUGGUCAUACAGUCAUAAUACUUCUUAGGAUUCCUUUGUAUUCAAAUCAUCUAUUGCUUAUUUUUUAUGCCCUUUAUGAAUAAAUGUGUUGAGGUGUGUGUUUAUAUGUAUGGAUGGGGAUGGGUGAACAUAACUGACAAAAAUGAGCAGAGGCACCAUAUUGCUCUAUUUCUGAGCUUUGGAAUAUUGGCAGGUAGGAAAGUGAGGGGCAGGGGAAAUACUGGGUAUCAUAAUCUUUCUUUCUUUCUUGAAAUAUUAUAUAACAGAAUACGCAAAAAGAAAAAUACAGUUAAUGUCCUUAGUAUAUACUUGGAUGAUUAUUCACAACUUACAGAACAAAUAUUCAUAAAGGAUUUUACCAGGGAACACAAUGCAGAGCAGUGGCAGCUCUGUGUCUUGUGUAAUUAGGCCCUGAAGAUAAAGUAGCAUUCCUCUUGUUUAGUAAUUACAGUGGAAAGAAAUGUUCUGGGGUUGCCACCAUAACUGUGCCGUGGUAUGCAAUGUGAUGCAGUUUUCAAGUGGCAAUGUUUUCUUUUUUCCCCUUUCAUCUUCUCAAAAACCACUUUCUCAGACUAAUGUGCUUCUGAAAUGUUCUUUUGUUUGCAGUAGCAAAUAUACUCCUGUUGUAAAGAAUUCAGCUGCAGGUCACCGUUUGGUACUGCAGAGUUCAGUGACCACAUUUUGCUCCUGGCCGUCCCAGCUGUGGCCCCUUCACACAAAUCACUGGCAAGCUAACCCCAUUCCUUAUUACUACUCCAACAUGACUUGGCUCCUAUUUAAUGUAGAAAUAAGAAGAAGAAAAAGAAGCUAAUUAACAAAGUCUUCCAAACAAAACAGUAUCAUUUGGAGGGGGAGUGGAGUUGGUUUUUUUAAAACCAAAAACAAAACCUUAUUAAGGCAACCCCUAGUUUCAGAUAAAUAGAUUCAAGUGACUAUAAUACAUGAUUGAUUAGUCUAUGCACACAGUAUGGAUCAUGUUAAAUGGUAGCUUAAACAAAUAGAUAAUGCAUGUGUGAGGCACAAUCUACCUAGAGGUUUUCUUGUGCUGAUCUCAUUGAGGCUUGUGCAGGAGAACUUCCAGAAUGCUUUUGCAGGAAUAAAUAGCACACAUACCUACUUGGGGCAAUCCCCUCCACCUCUGCAACUCCCUUACCAGGGAAUGAUGGGCUAGAGUGAUAGGAUUGGUGGGAGGCCUGCUGUGUUGCCUCCUGUUGGUUUAAAGCGCCCUCCCACUGCUUCUCUGGGACACCCUCCAAAGCAUACAGUAGGAAAAAGUAUUAUUGGAACUGCAGGAGAGAAUUCAGCUCUUUGCCUUUUCCUUAGUCCACGUAGUGUGCUGGCUUCAGAGGAGAAAAGGAACAUGACAGAACACGCAUACCCCCUCCACACUUCAAGUUUUCUGUUGCUUGGGUCAGACCUGAAGCUUGGUUGACGGUUCACCCAGAAGCCAGCUCUCUCUGAGCUUUGCAGCACUGCUACACUGAGUGAAACACAACUGCAUGCCUUCUUAUCCCACGAAAUGCAGCGUGACCUGCAUGGCCUUGUGCUUGCUCGCCUCUCAGCUUUACACCUACUGCCUGCAUGCCAUCUUCCUCACGCACCAUUUCCAUGCUUCUGUGGCUUUUAGGAUUUGAGGAGCAGUUCUUUUACAAAGGGUGAAGACAGGUCUUUUACAACCUCCUAAGUCUGCUUUCCUGAUUCCAUAUGGAAACAACUCGACAUACCUCCGUGUCUGCGUGUGAAGUGUCGUGAUUUCAUUAUAUUGAAACUAACCUUUAUUUUAAAUGGCAUUUAUGAACAUCAAAAGGACAUGAUUUCUCUUCACAUUAUGUGCACAAAAUUCUAAUCCUAGUAGGCUGCUUUUUUCUUUAUGCAAGUUUGCAUUUCCGUAUGGAAGUUUAACUCAUCAUAGCUGCUAUUUUCCUCCAGGGCUGCUGACAGGGGGAGGGGAUUACAGGGGAUACGCAUGUACCCGACUAUGAGCCAGCAGGGGCUCCUGCCUCUUGCUUUUCUUUUUUCGGUUACAAAAAAAAAAAGUCAAUCAAAUACUUCUGAAGAAAGUUAGAAAGCAGAGGCAGCUUUAAGGGUGCAGCAAUUAGCAGUAAACACCAUUGCUUAGGAUGCUUAAUCACCAUUGCUGAGCAAUUAAAGAAAGGUAUGUGGGCAACCUUCACCUGGUACUUGGGAGGAGGUUCUCCCAGAGCAGUACAAGAGAGUAGGAGAGACUAGUAGUUCCUGCUAUAUGCAGGAUGGACAAAGAUACUGAGGUAUGUAUGUUUAAGUGCUUUACUCCAUGUCCCCAAUAUUUUCUUCAUCCCCAAAUGGGCUGCCUUUACAGAGAAAAACCUAAUUUGCUUAUUUUGGUAUGUUCUACUCAAAAGCAAUUUCCUAGAAAAAAAGGGUGCUGUUGUAAGAUUCCCACCCUGCUUUUUUUGUUUUCCAUCCAGUCACUACUAUUCUGCUUGUGAUCACUGGGCUGUUAUUUAUUAAUAUACAAUCAUCAUAAACAAAAAUGUGAAAUGAAUCUGCAAACCCUUUGCAGCUGCAGCAAGGUUACUGUUCAUCUAGGGACUGUACCGUAACACAGUAGUAGUUUUGUUUAUCAGAGUUGGCAAAAUGUUUUGUGCAUGAGUUUUGCUGAUAGCUGUGAAACUGCACAUAUUUGUUGCCGCUUGUUGUAUAUUUUGUAUCUUGAUUUUUCUCCUGGGAGCUCCAGGCUGUGUACCUUUUCUUUCCCUUCUCCCUACCCACUUUUUUAUCUUAAGCACAGCCCUGGGAGGUAGGCUAGGCCAAGAGUUGGUAGUUCAAACGCUAAAUUUGUGAAACUGCACAUAUGUACUUGGGAGUACUUUUUUGCUUGUUUUUAUUUAUCAGGGUUGGCAAACUGUUUGUUUGUUUUGGUAUUUUGCUGUGAUUAGGAGGACUUAUGAAAUGUUGCGAUUAAAGCAAGGGGGCUAUUGUGAAUGACAUAUUUGUAACUUGCUUUUGCAUUCAGGAACUAUCAGUUGUGUACAUUACCUACCACCCUUUUAUCUUAGCAGUAGGAGCCACCCUCUUCCUGUAACUGUAACUUAUUUUUAAACCAUACAGUGAUGGGCAGCUAAGAAGUCAAAUAAAUAUUAGGAAUAGUAGCCCUGUGGGGUAGGCUAGGCUAAGUUAAUACAUGUGCAUAAGCAGCAGUUCUUGCUAAUAAAUUGUGGAGUGGGGGCAGAGAUGAGGCCACAAUUCACCUACAGUUCACCAGCCCACAAAAUCCAUUUGGGAUCCCUGGUGUUUCUUUCCAUAAUGGAGAGAAAUGCAUCUGUACUUAGUCUGUUUGCCUUUUCCAGCCUUGCUCCCAAUCCUUUAACCUUUUGUGUUGCGGUUUUUUGUUUUGUUUUUUUAAGAUUAUGAGCCUGAGGGUAGGGAUGGUCUUAUUACUGAUCAUUAUGAGCUGGUCUGAGGUACAGGCAACACCUGAUUUGCAUGGGGGUUGCGUUACAAGUCACUGUGCGCUCCUGCAGAGCACGCAUAUGCCUGCCUGUUACAUCCAGCCUCCAUUGUGCCCUCUUCCAGUUCCAAAAUGACCCAUGUUUGCAUGUUCUUUGAAUGCAUGCAAAACGGGGGUUGCCUGUACUUUUUGAGCUGAAGAGCAGGUUAAAAAUACUUUUAAUAAAUGUGUGACGCACGUGAUCCUGCACUACCAUACGUAUGGGCUUGUGUAAAUAGGAAGCAUUUGCGAUGUUAGUCAGGAAGAUACCUAUUCUUGUAGAACAAGCUUUAUUCACUAGUUAAUAUACUAUGUCUCUGUAGCAUACAUAUAUGUCUCUGUAGUAUAGUACAGUAUGUCUUUGUAGUAUAUGUGCAUUAUGUCAAGAUGAUAGUGCUGAAUUUCUAAGUAUUUUAGAUGUUUUAAUACUUAUUUUUUUAAAGCUGAUAAAAGAAGAGGCUGGCAGAUUCAAGGGAAGGGAUUGCUUUUAUAUCACUGGCCAACCUCUGAUUCAAAGGAGCUACUGGAUUGUAGAGGUCUCCUGUCACCCCAGAGUGUCCAAACCUGCAACUUUCCCAGGGUGAAAUUAUAUCUGUGCUCUCUCAGCAAAGAUGGCAAUUGGCAGAGGGUUUUUUUCUUCACUUCUGAGGGUGAAAUUGCCAAGGGGAGAACAAACAUCUAAUGCGCCUUCCGAAAGUUUUACGAUGGGUGUUAGCUUCUCCUUGCUGUUAGGUAGAUUAUCUGGAACAAUCCCAAGGGAAUGUGCCGCUGAAGUUCCAGAAGAAAUAAUUGAGUACUUCUGUGCUUCGUAAGUGCAGACAAAAGAAAACAAUCACUUUUGUCAAACCCUGGAAGAGUGAACUACCUUGGCACAAGUCAAGAACAAUCAGGUAUUCGCUCCCUGACCCCACCCCCGCAAAGGAAGACAUAGUGUUUCCUGGAGCUGUGUCAAAACUUGGGGAUCAAAUAUCCUGAAUAAUUUUGUGUCCUACAAAACUACCCUUUCAUUGGGGAAUUUGGGGGGGUGGUGGUAUUUGAAAGGACGUGAAAGUGUUUGCGGGAGAAGGACAUUUGACCCUGUUGCAACAAGGCUGAAAGUUCCUCUUUUGCUGCACUCAGCGCACAAAAAUGAAAAGCGUCAGUCAGGCUUGUUGAAUAUUGGAAUGCACAUUUGAAUGCAUAUAGGAGCGUACAUCUCACUGUUGUUGAUGGAAUGCAUGCUUAAGAUGUGUCAUUCCAUAUCUCUGGAAUCUGGCAUGGCUAGAGUGGGCCUGGGAUUCAGGAUGAGGAUGGUAUGAUUUUGCACCACCUGACAAUUCCUAUAUAGCGCAGGGAUGGGUAACUUGUGGCCCUUGAGAGGUUGUUGCACUACAGUUCCCAUCAUCUCUGAUCAUUGGCCGUUCUGGCCGGGGUUGCUGGGUUGCGGGUGCGCCCGGCAUUUCCCCAUAUGUGGCAUUGCCAAAUGUAUGAGGUUGAAAAUUUGGCACAGUUCUAUUAUUUCCCAAAGCAACUUUUCAAAGGAUGUUGGCAUUGAUCGAUGUUAUUUUCUUACAAAUUUACAAAAUAGAAAUCAUCAGUGGAUGGUCAUCUUAAAAUACAUAUGCUACUAGUCGAAUAUAUAUGUCCACAUUAGAGAACACAGCAGUUAAGAGUGCCCGCUGUGUUGUCAUACUACAUGCUGUAAGUUAUGGUUGUUAUCCUAAUAUUGAAUGAGUUUGUGUGCUACUUUGUAUAUUAUCCAUUUGAAAAGUGUAAGUAAAAGUACAAAAGCAUUAUAAUAUUAUAAAAGCCCUGCUGAAUCAGACCCAAGGCUCAUGUAGCACAGCAUCAUGUUCUCACAGGAGUUAGCCAGAUGCCUAUGGAAGUCUGCAAGCAGGAUAUGAAUGUAAAAAUGCUGUAGGUGUAGCAGGUUGCAGCAGUAUCGUGCCAGAGACUCCAUAAUAAUUAUGGGCAGGACUGGGAGAAGUAUCAUAUACUGUAUAGCCAGUUCUUAAAUAUUCUGUUGACAUCUCAGGGAGCAUGUUGAAGAUAUAUUUAUUUAAUUAUAUUUAUAGAUAUUUUUUUCUAAGUUAUAGGGAUGGCAUACAGUAUCGUGUUGCAGGACAUUUAGGUUUCAAUCUGCAUACAUAAUUGAGAGUAUUGUACGUAUAGUGAUUCUUAAGAAGAGCUUUUUCAUGUGCAUUUUGUUCUAGUAGGAACAGCUGUGGUGCAGUUUGGUUAGGAACAGUCAUGUUGUUAAUUUGUAUAAAUAAGUGUUAGUGCAAAUGUAUAAAUCAAGUUGAUUUGAAGCCGAUCACAUGGUUUUGGAAUUGCUUCUGAUUGCUUCUGUUGUGUUUUUAAAAAAUAGUUUUUCACACACAGGAUAGGGAGAAAAUUUGUCUAGGACCAUUGCAACGUUUUUCUGCAUUCCUACAGAUGUAUUCAGUUCAUAUUUUGACAUCAUAUUUGCAGUGAUUCAGUGUUCUUCAUUCCUGAAAAUGAGUUAUUUCAUAAGUUUGUGUUUGUCGUAGCAGUGGAGAGAACUAUUUCAUACAUGAUACACAGGAAACAACUGAAGAAAUGGUUACAGCAAUUGACUCAGAUUCUAGCAUCAUGUGAACCUACAGAAAGUGAAGGAUUAACUUUCUGUUAAGUUUUAAUUCAUUUUUAUUCUGUAGUGUUCAUAAGAAUCCUGCUGUUUCUAGCUUCCAAAAUAUAAAUGAUGAUGGUCCUUGACUAUCAGGCUCCUCCCAUGUUUUCUCUCUGUCUCUCUCACACACACCUGUGAUAUGGGGAUAAUAAUAUUGAAGUAUCACAGGAAUGUUGUAAGAAUUAAUUUGAAACUUAAAAGGAAAGCAAAACACCACAAUACAAAAUAGUAGUAUUUGAGUUUGGUAACAUUUGAGCAUUAAGGGUUUUAAGAAACUAGCAUCAGUAGAAAAGGAAAAUUUGAGGUCACAAACACACAUUUGUAUGAGAAAAGACUUUUUGGUUGGUAGAUAUUUGGCUCUGUUGGUACUGAAAUAAACUGAAAAGUAGUAACUCAAAACCUUUCUGCUAAAAUUACUGAGUAUUGAAUUGAUUUCUCUUAGAAGAUGCAGGGAAAUGAUGAAAUUCAUCAGAAACUGCAUGCAUUACAUAAUACCUGCAUGAGAGCACUGGAUCUGGUCAGGUAUAUUUGCAUAUUUACCUGAGGGUCAGUGCAGCAUGGGAUUUGAGGUAUUUUAAGUUGUGAAAACACAUUUAUACAUAUUUGUGUGUGUGUGUCUAUUUGAUCAAGUUUGCAUCACUUGUAGUGUUCUUAAGCUGGACAAAUAAUUGUAGUACCUACUUAUGUGCACAUGUACUUUAGAAUCAUUGCAAGAAAGAGAAAUAGGUUCAGCUAGGACAGUAUUUUAAAGUGUCACAAAAGUGCAGAAUGAAUGUUGCAUCCACAUUAAACACACACACACAUCAGAACUCCCAGGAUGCAUGUGCACAGUGGGCUGCAAUGAAAGCAUUGCAUAAUUUUAAAGCGUUCAGAAUUUUGGGAAUGAUAAUCAAGGUGAGGUGCUGUUUGUGAAUUUCUGUAGUAGUGCCAUUCCUAAAGUAUGCCUUUUCCUAUUAACUGACACCAUGUAUAAAAUGUCAGAUGCAUUAUUUCAUAUUUCAUUCCGUUCUCAUCCUUCAUAGGGAACAAAAGUCUCUGCUUUUGCAAAAUGAUAUGUGUCUUGCAUAUUGUACUAGAGCAUUUGCAUGUACUACUUUAAUGGAAAAACAUUUCUAGAUCAGGCUUCAUACAAAAUAUUUCUUAACAGUAAUGGCAAAAUCUUCGAUGAGAUUGUCAUUCUGUUGGACACAUGGCUCUCCUCUUACAACUCCUGAAGUUGUAUGAAAUCAGGAGAGGCAGAUACCUUAAAUGGAAGAUUUGUCGGUACAUAUCAGGAGAGUGUUGCUCUCUCUCCCCCCCCCCCCAUUUGAAGGGUUUAGUGUUCUGCAUAGAAAGGUGCCUCAUAGUACAUGUUCAAUACAAUUAUUGGGAUCUCUCACCUGUUCCUUUGCUAUAAGCCAGAGACAGGGAACCUGUGGCUCUCUGGAUGUUGUCAGGCUGUAGCUCCCAUCUUCCCCAGUCAGCAUGGUCAAUGAUGGGCAGGAGGUUUAGUUCAACAGCAUCUGAAGAGCCACAGGUUCCCCACCCCUGCUGUGAAAUAAGCCCAACAAAUAUCAGCCAGACAUAUUUGUCAGGGAAAGGAGUGCUUUCUAGUAAGGAUUUAUAGUAAACUUGAACGUUGUGAGCUAUGUUUUAAAGUUGUGUUGUUUAUUAAAGGUAGAGAGUCCAGUUUCAUGUCCUAUAGUGAGCAAUCUUGGGUUAGAUUUUAUUAUAUAGGAUAUACUGUACUUUUCCACUUGUGUCUUAAAGAGAGUCAUUUUUCAGAACUAAACCUGCUGCUCAAGUUCUAGUAAGGAACCUGAGGAAGAUGAUACAUUAGAACAUGCCAGAUUUCCUUUAUGAAAAUAUUUUCUUCAAAGUCUUUUUGACACUAUUGUAUUCUAAAUUAUAAUAGAUAUGGGGGGGAAAUCAUAAAGAAAAUCAUACAGAGCUUUAUCCAACUCAGAGUAAAGCCAUUAAAAUUUAUGGAACGGAUUAGUUGUGCCUAUUAGUUUCAAUGGGUCUACUCUGAGUAGGACUAGCAUUGGAUACAACCCACAGUAUGUUUCAUAUAGGCCACAAAGCUAUUAUUUGUUAUAUUCCCAAUCUCUUCAUUUUAUCUUUAGCCAUCUCCUAAACAUUUUAUUUUUCUUCUCUUUUUCCUAGCAUUAUGUUAAAAGAAUGUACAGUCUUCCCACUCAAGGUGGUUGUGGGAUGUGUAGACCUGUUUUUGUUGUUCUCCAAGUAGGGCUUUCAGUCUUUCCAAACCCUAAGAAAAUAGCAUUCUUCAAAUAACAAUGAUAGAAGUCACAUCUUAACUCUCUCUCUUUGCUUACAUUAUUGCUUUGUUUGCUGUCCUUUGGACCUACCGUAUUUUUCGCCCUAUAGGACCCACUUUUCCCCUCCAAAAAUGAAGGGGAAAUCUGUGUGCAUCCUAUGGGGCGAAUGCAGGCUUUCGCUGAAGCUUGGAGAGCGAGAGGGGUCGGUGCGCACCGACCCCUCUCGCUCUCCAGGCUUCAGGAAGCUAUCAGCAAGCCUGGGGAGCCCUGCAGAAGUUCUCGCAGGGCUCCCCACGCUGCGGAUAGCAGCCUGCCGCCCGGCGGGCAGAGCGCCCUGAAGCAGAGUGCCCCGCGCGCCAGGCAGACAUCGGCCAGCCCCACAAGCUCGGGGGACAGCAGGGAGGCGCAGUGCCGCCAUCCCGCUGUUCCUCGACCUGGUUUGGAGGCUGGCGAUAGGGAGAAGCACGCUUCUCCCCAGGGCCAGCCACACAAGCUCGGGGGACAGCAGGGAGACAGAGCGCCGCCAUACCGCUGUUCCCCGACCUGGUUUUGGGGGGGAAAUAAAGGGAAAAAUUUUUCCCUUUAUUUCCCCCCCAAAAAACAAGGUGCGUCCUGUGGGACGGAGCGUCCUAUGGGACGAAAAAUACGGUAAUUGUCUGGGCCCAGUAUCCAAGAAGCUUGAAUGCAUUCUGCAACUCUGACCCUUAAACCUAGUUUCAGUUAUAAAAUCUCUCAUGUUGUUCUUUUUAAGUUUGAGCUACUGUUUUGAAGUAAUGUAGUAGAUUGAAGUAUUUUUUUUCCACUUAAGUGUUAUCUUAUGUCAGGCAUACUUUAGUAUGCUCAGUUACAUUGUCCAGUAUACGCAGUUGCCUCUUUUCACUGUGAAUGAUCCAGAUGGUUCAGGCAGACUUAGGCAGACAUCACAAAUAUUGAAUAACGUCCAACCGUUUUAGUGAAAGAAUAUUUUAAAUGGUCAGGUACAGAUUCAUCUUUUAAAAUGAUGUGGUAAUACAAUGUUUGGGCCUCCUACAAAUGGAAAUGUGUUAAUAUUAUAUUUGUUCUCCGCUGUGCAGAACUAUAAAUACUCUGGUGAAGCUCAUUAUAAUUUUCUCAGCCUCUUAGCCCCUUUAUAUGCAAAAUGAUUUACAGUGCUUAUCCCAAUGGCCCAAUAAUCCUAAUAACACUGUGGGGUUGUUCUCAUUUUAUGAUGGGUAAUUGGGAUUAACAGUGCAACCCUAUGCCUGUCUGAUUAGUUGAGUCCUCACAGGUUAUUGCUGAUAAUAUGCGUACAACCCUAAACAAAAAAUCUGGGGAGUAUUCUAUAUCCUCAGUUGGUAUAUCCCAGCUACAUCCUUGAGUGAAUAUGGUAAGAGGAAGUGCCGUUGCCUUAGAAAUGUGCCCAGGUUUUGUUUUGUUUACAUUCCAGAAUUUUGAAACUGGUCUGCCUUGCUGGCUUCAGCAAAAUGCUUUGCUUCGCUCUGCCCCACCCUGACUCUUUGCACAGGGCUAGCGCUUGUAGUUUACUGACAUUGCAUUUCCAGUUUGACUGAGGCGUUUGUUUCAUCUGCAUCUGCUUGUGGUUCUCCCUUUUGGAGAUUUCUUCAGGAAGCUGCUCUGGGGAUAGCAGCCUCUUUGGGUGCAGAGGGGCAUCUGUCACAACUUGUAUAAUAUUUACAUGGAAAAUGUCUUUCUCAAAGGCUCUCGGUGCCCCGUGUUUUACAGUACAUGAACAGUUGGCUAGUCCAGGUGUUUCCUCUUCUGUUUGCGUGAUAUGUGAAUUGGAAAUUCAAGAGAAGAGUUGGCAGAAUGGAAGAGCUGAGGGUUUGUAUUUACCUAUUUUAACCGCAUAGCGCAUAGGUGGGUUUGGGACAUAGCAAAAUCCUGCUUCUCUCCUCUCCCUUUCUAUUUUUUGAUCUUUGUCAUUAUUAGUGACUUAAUCUAGCUCUGAAGUAUGAGCUAGUUUUCAUUUUUAAACAGAAGUUUGAAAAUACUGCUUUUCCAUAGUGUGUGUUCAAAGAACACUGUCUUUAUUCCCGCCCCCCUAUCUUGCAAUGUAACUAGAUUUCAAGUUUAACUGACUUCUUGAGCUAUAUUUAAAGAUGGAGACUGAGGUUUGGUGCUGGUGAUGUUUUAUUCAGUCUUAAAUGUGAACUUAGCUGUGUUGUUGGCUUUUCUAAAAUAGAAACUCAAAUUCCUAAUGGUGUUUGUGUCUUUUCACAGGACAGUCGGCCCAAUAUGUCAAGACCUCUGAUCACUAGGUCCCCUGCAUCUCCUUUGAACAAUCAAGGCAUCCCCACGCCAGCCCAGCUCACAAAAUCCAAUGCACCGGUACAUAUUGAUGUGGGUGGGCACAUGUAUACCAGCAGCUUGGCCACACUUACUAAAUAUCCUGAUUCAAGGUAAUUCUAAGGACUAUGUUGCAUGUUUCUGGCAGCCUUGUUAAUUUACUCACUUCUAUCCUCUGACCUCUGUAACCUUCUUACUUGGUGCAAAACCACUUCACUUGAAGGUGAAUCCAUACACGUAAAGUCGUAGUUGGAAAGGAUUUUGCUAAAUGAAACACACCAGUGGAUUUUGUUUCUCUGCACAGAACCCAUGAGUAACUGACCCACAUCACUCAUAAACCAGAUUCUUUUGCUGUUUUUCUUUGACACUUUCUGUUGAAAUUUUGUCAGCCCUUCCGCACAAUAUCACCUCAGAAUAAUGGGUUCCAACUUAGCAUUUGAGUCAUCUGCUUUAGAAGAAGGGGGUUGGCUUUCUUUUGGACCUGGAAGAGGGAAGAAUUUUCUGCCAUCAGAAUCUCGGAUAGAGGGUGUAUCUGAACAAUUAAACAUAAAAUAAUUACAUUUUUAGACAAAUAUUUGCUACGUAAUAAACAUGUACAUAGUCCUGGACAAAAGCAUUUACGGACAUGCACCUGAACAAAUGAUGCAUCUUUGCUAAUUUUAAUGUAAUCAUCUUUCAUUUUAAAGGAAACAAGUUACCUGGGUAACUGUAAAUUUUAUGUACUUACAGUACUCUAGUGAGUAUUGUUGGUCUAGAGUUGGGCUUGAGUAAUAGGUUUUUAAAACCUUCAAAUUAUUUUUUAUAUAGACUCAAUGACUGAAAUCGCAAACAGUGAUUUGAGUAUGCCAAUCAGAUGAUCAUCACUGUCAUCUUUGACAGCACUAGUAAUUUAGUCUGUGGGAGUGAAGCCUAGUUUCAGACCUCCCACAUGCUUCCUGCAAGUAGUGAUUGGUGGCUAGAAUUAUGUGUGCAGUAUCAAUUGGCAUUUCAGUUUCUGAUUCAGCAGGGAAUAUGCAUGUGGAAGUCACAUUUUACUUUGGGUCCUCCUUGCUUAAUCAGGUCCAACUGUUUGUUAGGCGCCAUGCAUUCAGUGUAGUAGGCCCACCUGAGAUUAAAUAGGCACCCACCUUGCAAAAUUCAGGUGCAUGACAAAGACUUUCUUGUUUUAGCAGGCAUUUUAAGGCAGCGUUUGAGUUUAAGUUAGAUUUCAUAAUUAUUUCUAAAGGUAUUAUUCCCUGUGUGCAUUAUUUUUACAUGUUCCACUAAGAUAUGCUGAUGAUUAAAUGGUAUAUACAAAUGUACCUUGGAAGUUGAACGGAAUCUGUUCCAGAAGUCCAUUCGACUUCCCAAAUGUUCGACUUCCAAGGCAUGGCUUCCAGUUGGCUGUGUGGAGGCCCCACCAGACUUUCAGCUUCCAAAAGAACAUUCGAAAACUGGAACAAUCACUUCCAGUUUUUGAUCGUUCGGGAGCCAAAAUGUUUGGCAACUAAGCUAUUUGAAUUCCAAGGUAUGACUGUAUAUGUCUUAAAUAAAUAAAUCUGUUUCCUGUGUAAGGAGAAAUUGCAUUUAGUUAUAACAGGAAAUAGUUAUUAUGUCAUUUCUUAUAUUGAGCAGGCAUCUAGAGAGAGUGAUGCAUCACUGCCUGCUAGAUUUAAUAUAUUAGAUCUUGGUGGUAGUGGUGGUGUCACUUCUGUUUGAACCACACACAAAAUCUACUGCGCCUGCUCACAAAGUCAUUAAAAUUUGCAUAGUCAAAUGAGCGGCUCUCACUAAGGAAUGAAUUCCACCCCCACAAGUGUUUUUCAGUUCACAGGUGAUGCUAUAGUGUCUUGAUCCAUUAUUGGUACAGAAUAACUAAUUGUAAACUAACUAACUGCAAGAUUGUGUUCCCUUGUGUCAGCUUUCUUUUUUGUAUAAAUUAAGAAAAAAAAUCUAUGGAAGCCAGACCUGUAGUAUUUGUGAUUUCAGGAGAGAUUGGGAUCUUUCUAGAAUAUGAGGGGUUGCAACAUGCCAGUAUUUAUUUAUUUUUACCAGUUUUAGUUUAGAGUACUAAAUUAUUGAAUUUGUAGGAAGAGUGUGAUGGUAAAUGAGGAACAAAAAUAUCAUAAGUUGUUCACAAGCAAUCCAAAAAACCCCAGAACUCUGGCAUCCUAGAGGAGCAGUAAUAGUCUGGUCUUCAGCUGGUGGGUUGGGACCCAGUAAUCUGUGGUGGGCCCAGCAGCAGCACUGCCACCUUACAAACACAUGAUCAAAAUUUAAGAAAAGCUCUGUGUCCAAGCAUGAAGAAACGUAACAAUUCAUAUAACUUACUUUUCUGAGAAUUCAUGAAGUUAGCACCCCAGCUUCUGCUAUGCUAGUCUUUCCUAAAUUGCUAUAUGGUUUCAAAGCAGUUUAAUAUACUUCUUGUGUAUAAUUGCAGGACUAAACAGAGUCUGCUUGUAGCUUUACAGCCAACACCCAUGGCCACCCACAGGGUAUGUUUGAAGCUUCAGUAUAUAGCUGCCAAGUCCUCUGCUGUUUCUUGCUGGCUUUGUUCCACUUUUUUGCUGGCUUUGCAUUUGGAAAGCUUUGCCCCUUUUGAGAUUUGUUUCCCAAUGCUUUGUUAAAAGACAGCCACGAGGUGAGGAAGAGCCUUUGGAUCUGAAGGCAUUAUUUCCAACCUGGAGCUUUGGCCAAUAAAACCGUACCUGUUCUUAUGGCAUGCAUUAUAUGAAAUCACACAAGGGGGAGAGGGCCACAAAAUUUUACUUCCCCCUGUUAUUGACACUCCUCAUACCCUCUCAAACUAUGUUUUUGCAAUCAGAAUAUCUCUUCUCUCUCUUCAGAUUCUCAUGUCUGCUGCUCUGAUUUGUUGUUGGCUGAGGGCAAAACCAGAAGUUACCUUAAUUGCUUAGCUGUCUGUGUUUUUUUUCUUUAUUUAAUUACAGUCAUAGGGACAAUUUUUCCAUUGGGACCACAAAGCGCAGAGAGGAGUUGUUUAACUCUUCCUUUCUAGCUGUGUUCCAAAUGAAAAGUACCCCCGUGCAGGUAGGAGACUUAGGGACAAAACACUUCCAUUGUCAUCACUGAAAACUUGUUUCUAAGCCUUAUAACUGCUGUGUGUGUGUGUGUGUGUGUGUGUGUGUGUGUAUUGGAAUCACAGCUGGGGAGAAAAGAGUUAAAUCCUCUUCCCCAUACACUGUUGUCCCCAGGAACAUCGCCAGUCCACACCUGUAAUUAAGUCAAGAAAAAAAACAAAGAUAAAGUUGCCUGUUGUGCACUUACUGUAAUGCUUUGUUUGACUUGGUUCUUUUGCUGAGAGUAUAAGCCGGUGGAUGCUUAAAUCCCAUUGCUUAUUUUGAAUUUAAUUCUACUCCAUAUACAGGGCUCAUCAAAAUUUACUUUCUACCAAUUCCAUUGCAAGCAUCCUUUCCCUGUUUACAAAAAUGAAUAAACUGAGCAUGUGUGAGGCUCAUCCUAGUAGUGGUUCUGGCACUUUCCCUACCUCCAAAGUUCAGCAUGAUGUCUGAGGUGCUGUCUCACUUCUGCACAACUUGGAGGAUGUUCGGGAUCAGUGACAAGCACAAACCUUUGUCCUUGGUAGACAGCCAGGCUUGUGGCUCCUGCCCAUGCAUGUGUUCAGCUACAGUCUUGCUUUGUGACUUCCCAUCUUACAUUUCUCAACAAGCCAGCAUGUGAUUUCACUGUAGAGCAAGGACAGGCAGAAGGAUCUGACCAGCAAGCUGGGUGCUUAUCUCCCUUACCCUCUCCUGCAGGCCACAUCACACUCUUGUCAGGUGACCUGGUUUUGCCCAUGCAGUUUGAAAUCAAACCAUCUGGGCAAAAGUACAGCGCUCUGCAAGCCCGGACAAUCAGCUGACAUCACAGAAUCAUGGAAUUGUAGCGUCGGAAGGGAUCCCAGGAGUCAUCUAGUCCAACCCCUUGCAGUGCAAUUGUAGGGCAGCUAGGCAUGGCUUGGUCAAAAUAGCCUGACGGGCCAAAUGGGGAAGACCUGGAGAAAGUGAAAAUGAAAGUUCACAGUGCAGUGAAAUGUAAAGCUACAGCAUCAAUUAAUCAGCCACAAGCUCUGCUGUCAUGGUUGGACAAAAAGAUUCCUGCGUUGCAAGGAGUUGGAGUCGAUGACCCCCAUGGUCCUUUCCAACUCUGCAAUUUGAUGAUUAUAUGAUUUUUACACCUGUAACAGCUUUUCAUUUCAUUGACAAUCAUGUAGUUCUGGUCAUAGCUUGUUCCACCAGAUGUCAAAGAGAAAAAUAACUACCAAACUUUUAGAAGACAUCUGAAGGCAGCCCUGUUUAGGGCAGCUUUUAAUGUUUAAUAGGUUAUGGUAUUUUAGUGUUUUGUUGAAAGCCUCCCAGAGUGGCUGGGGAAACCCAGCCAGAUGGGUGGGGUAUAAAUAAUAAAUAUUAUUGCUAUUAUUAUUCCAGCACUUUUCCCUUCCAUUUGCUCUUUGCUGAUGACUUCUAUAUCUUCCUACUGUCACCCCAGUUUUUGUUCCAACAUUCAGCCUUCCAUAGAAACAUUUCACAGUGAAGAGAGAAUUAAAGAAAGAAAACAUUUACACUAUAAAGUUUCCUCACACCUCCUCCUAGCUCAGAGGACCCUCACAGCCCCCAAAUCCUCUGGCAUUUUAAUGAGGGUGUCCUGAUUAGUCUCUUAUUCCAGAAGUAGGAAGUUCAGAACAGGCUUUGUUUGCAUGCUUAUACAACACAUCUAAAUAUCUAUUGUGGUAAUCCUAUAAACCCCAUUCUACAAUCCAGGGAGUUAGCUCCACUCCCAGUAAUAAAAUAAAGUAAGUUCUGGGUUUCAGGCCCCUUUUUUGUUAUUUUAUCGGCCACCCUUGAGUUCUGCUUUCUCUUUGAAGUUUCCCUCUGAGCCAAGCCUAGUCUUCCCUUGUGCAUUCUCCCUCUUUAUGUGCUACCAAAGAAGAGGAGAGCCUGUGUACCAUUUUGCUACCAAUUCCCAGCACUGACCUUGAGCAGCCUAUGUUUACUCCCAGACAAAUCAAGAACAAUGCAGCGUUCAAUACUGUCAACCUCUGUCUCCUUAACAUGCAUGGGUUUAUUUUCAAACACUGAGAUAUAAAUGCUAUGAAGCCUAUAUUAAUACCUGAAUACAUUUAUAAUGUGUAUUUUUCAGCUGAGUAAAGAGAUUCAUUCUAUAUUUUUAUGCUAGCAUUUGCAUCUGUCAUGUUCAUCCCAAGUAGUUAACACAUUAUUGCUCUUGUAAUGACCACAUCAAAUUUUAUUUUCAACAAAUUUUAUUUUCUCUGUUUUGAACCCCCAGAAAUCUAUAAUUGUACAAUAAAUUGGAAUGUGUGAGACAUAAAUUUAAAUAAAUAAAGAUUGUAGAAUUUCUUUUUUUAGGGAAAUUAAGCUGCAGUGGACAUUACCAGUAUGCAUACAUAACCCACACAUGUGAAUGGGAUAGGGUGCAAUUUAUUAACCACUUCUCCAUUAAAAAUGCUCCAAAGCUACAACCCUAAUUCCACUUACCUGGGAGCAAGCCCCAUUGAAUUCAGUAUGGCUUACUUCUGAUUAAACAUGGUUAGGAUUGUGCUUUAAGAUAAUAUGACAUGUAAAAGUAACUGAUUGACUGACUUAAUUUUUAUUCAAAGUUUAUAUUUUGAGCUUGGCAGUCAAGUUUUUAAAAAGUUUUUAAAAAGAAAGAAAUUGAGAUAAUAGAAAUGUUCUUGAGUUCUUUAGUUGUCUCAGGUAGGUAAAGGACAAGGCAGAGCAGACGGCAGUCUGUGCAAAAAUUUUGCACACUGUAGUAGUUGCAUAUGCUCCCUGCAGGUACAAGAUUUCUGGAUUUCUGUCCCCAUGAGUUUUUUCAAGACCUGUUUGUGGCCAGUGUACUUACUAGUGUGGAUGUGGUGGGUCCUUGCCUUUGCUGCACUUGGGAUAAGUGAAUCCCUGUCCCUGCCCUGCGGAUCUGUGAAAUGUUCUUGGCUUCAUUUGACAUAUUUUUUGAGUUGUCAGUGCACUCGAGCUCUUCUGUGUUCCUUCUGUUAAAAUAUCCCUGCAGUAAUUUAUAUUGGGCAGACUAUCUUGUCAGGAGAGCAUAGAUUCACUUGUGUCUUCCAUAUCCCCAUAAUACAUAUCCAGCUAUAAUUUCAAAGCAGAAGCUGCUAACAUUUAAUUGAAAUGGGUUUUUACCCAGUACAGUGAUUUUUCACAAGGGUUGUGUGUGUGUAGUUACCUGAAUAUAAUUGUGAGGAGAUUAUGUAACAUGGUCACAAGGUUCUGGUUUAUACAUAAACAUAGAGAUCUAGUUUGCAUAGUAACUGCUUUCCCUUUUAUCCUCAUUAGUGGUAGCAAUUAAUUUACACUCUUGUGCAACUACAUAUUAUGUCUCAGGUACUAAGACAGUAAUUUAUGGCUUUACUCCAGGAGCCAGAACCGCAAAUUCUAAACAGUAGCAGCAAGCAUUUCCAGGCCACAGCUCCUCUGCUGAUAGUAGGUUCUAAACCUGUCUGGCCUUGUUUAAGAUUCAACUGAAUGAGGUCCAGAACAUGCUGCUCAAGUAAGUUCAUUAAAACCCUUCUUAGCUUCCCUUUUAUCCAUCUGAAAAUUGAUUUCUUUUUAAACGGUUUAAGAAGAUGCCUCAGGGCUUCAGAGCCUAUAUUAAAAAAAUGAAAUCUCUUCCUGUCUUGGAGCAACACAAAUAGUCAAUACAAAAUUGACAAAUGAUUCUUUAAGGAUAUCCAUUGAAUCCAUUAUCUCCAGGCCCCUGUGUGAGACACUUCAUCACAAACAUCAUCAUCUUGAUGAUACAUUGCAGAAGAAACAAGGUGAAAAUCAGAUAACUCCCCACCCCCAGUAUUUAUAGGCAGACUGCCACAAUCAUUGAAGUAAACCGGUAUCAGCCAGAAUAGGUUGGGAUUGCUUUCCUUUCUUGAAAGUUAACUCAGUUAUGUUUAACAUAUUUUAAAUGGAAAGAAACAAACUGUUUUAUGUUGAAAGCAUUUGUCGUAAGGGAUAGAUGAUAUGUUAUACUAUACAACAAAUGCUUUCAACGAAAACCAAUUUGUAAAAGGCUUGCAAACUUUUUAACAGGCUAUUGUUGUAGGAAAUACCUCCUCCAUAUCAUCCUACCCAGUCACUCAGAUCAGCUUAGUGACGCCCUCCUGGUUUUGCUGUCACCUGCAGAGGUCCACGUUGUGGCAACCAGAGGGAGGCUAUUCAGUUGUGGCAUCCCCUCUAGGGAACCAUGUCCCAUCUGAGUUGUGGGAGGUGUCCACAUUGAUGGGAUUUUGACUCAUUUAUUCUUUAUCUAGCUUCUCAGUCCUUAAUUUGUGUUAGGUUUCUCUUGCUGUUGUUGAAUUAUUAUCAUUAUUAUUACUACUACUACUAAAAUUUCUAUACUGCCCGUCAUCCGAGGAUCACAGGCCAUUUACAAUUUAAAAACAAAAAAAUGCACACCAUAGUAACAAACAAACAAAUAACCCUAAAGGUAAAAAGACCCCUGACCAUUAGAUUCAGUUGCGGACGACUCUGGGGUUGUGGCGCUCAUCUUGCUUUACUGGCUGAGGGAACUGGUGUAUAGCUUCCGGGUUAUGCGGUCAGCAUGACUAAGCCACUUCUGGCGAACCAGAGCAGCGCACAGAAACACCAUUUACCUCACCCCGUUGCGGGGAUCUGAACUGCCGACCUUCUGAUCGGCAAGUCCUAGGCUCUGUGGUUUAACCCACAGCGCCACCCGCGUCCCACAAAAGCCAUAGAUUGUUUAACUAGCCAAACGCCUAGAAGAAGAGGAAUGUUUUUGUUUGGCACCUAAAGAUAUGUAAUAAAGGCACCAGGUGAGCCUCUGGAAAAAGCAUUAAACAAGGGGAGCCACCCUCCAAAAAGGCCUAUUAUUGUAUUGCCACUCUCCAGACCUCUUGUAGAGAAGGGCCCCACAUGACUGCAGGGUCUAGUUUUAUUCUAAUUGUUACAUUGUGCUAUACAUCACUUUCUGGUUUUUAGUGGUGUAAAAAUAUUUUUAAAUGAAUCAUUUAAUUAUAUUUUUCAAAUGCAUCUCCUUCUGGUGUUAUUUAACAGAUAACAUGGCUUCAGUGAGAGAGUAACUCAUGUGCAAUCUCAAGAGUUCAUAGAAAACAGUUUGCAGAGAAGAUGACUAGUUGUCGAAGCGAACAGGAACCCAGGGAUAGGGUGGCAUCAAGCCUGGGAAUUCCUAGGAGUCUAGAAAACAGGGAAUGAAGGCAAACUCAUCAGGACCCAUGAUUCAGGGGUCUUGUUCCCAUCUGAGUCAAUUCCAAUAGACUUAGUCUGCAGUUUUUAUACAUUAUCAGGCCUAGCCAGGGAUCACACAUCCUUGCCUUGGAGCGAGAUUGGCUGGCACCAGCUGCUGAGCAACUUCAUAUCUGUUCUCCUCUUGAAUAAGGGUUGGCUCUGUCUUCUGAGUUGGCUAGCACAAACCUGUUUGGGAAAGAGAGGGAAGGAACUGGUCAAAUUAUGCAAGUGAUUGCUUAACAGCAACCACAGAUUGGAUGGCUUUGAAAGUGGGUUAGACAACUUCAUGGUUUAGAAGGCUAUGUUCUACCUCCACUGUCAGAGGCAGUAUGGUCCUGAAUACCAAUUGCUGGAUAUCACACGUGGGUUCAGUGCUUUUUUGCUCAAAUCUAGCUUUCGUACUUCCAAAAGGUUGGCCACUGUGAGAACAGGAUGCUGGACUAGACUGGUCAUAGGCCUGGUCUGGCAGGGCUUUUCAUAUAUUCUUAUGUUCUUAACUAUUCAGUUAAUUUCUUCAAUUUCUCUCACAGAUUUUACUCUUAAGUCCCUUUUUACAUUGUUCAUAUUGUCAGUCGUUUUCAGUACAAUACGAAUAUCACUCAGGAGAAAAGAUGUCAGGGUUUUUGUUUUUAGAAGCAAAACUACAUGAAUGUUGACAAACGUCUGGGGAACAAGUCAAACCCACUCCAUUUUGAAACAUUUCUCGACCCUUUAUUUGUUCAUUUUUCUAUUUAUUUACUUUCUUCAAAGACAACUUUCCCAAUAUAAAUCUUCGAUUUUGUUAAAUCUGUGAACAGUUCAUUUUCCUCUCGGGUUGCAUUUUGAGUUUGUACAGCUGCUUUCUGCCUUGGGCCACAGUGAGUCUGACAAAAAUUAUCAGUUUCAUCGGGUUGCUACUUGGAAGUUCAGAAGCAAAUAUUAAACCAAUUCAGACAUGUGUGAGAGACUGACCUUCUGGAUAGGAGGAUGAGGUGCACUGGCGAGCACAGCGGGUGGUGGUAGGGAUAAUGGCAGGAAGAAGCAUCAACUUGCAUUUUAAACUACCUUCUCCUGUAAGUGGCUUUAUAGUGGAAAUAGUGGACCUAGAAAGGAGAAGAAAACCUUGUGAGAUCUCUAAAGGUGACAUAAAAGUAACAGGCAUUUAUUUUAAUAGAAAACAUUGGUAAGAAUAGUAUUGACAUCCACAUCCCAUUUUAUUGACAUUCUUUAAAGCUUGGAUCACUAGUGUCUGCUUGCUUUGAUAUAUGACUAAUAAUAAGAAGAACAACAAACCUGUUGCCUAAUGGGGACUGUCCAAAGUCAUGACCCAUGUGAUCCUGCUGAAUGUUUUCUGCCUUCGAGACAAGAGAAGUCUUGUUCUAAGUGGUCAGUUUACUUUGUAAAUGGGAAAAGAAAUAAAGUCCUAAAAUUAGGGUCUUUGGGCACUUUAAUAUGUAAUCUGAAUGGGCUGUUCCUGAAAGUCAGUGGAAGAUCAGUGAUUUCACAGAGUGAAAAUAGAUGGUUUAAAAAUACAAAUUACUAAAUUGUAUACAGCUUUAAUAGGACUCGACUCUAGCUGAGUUGCAUUUGUCUGUGCCGUGUUGUUGUUCACGUAAAAUUAGAUAAAUUGAUUAAUGUUCAGGGUAGAUCAGCAACAUAAAGAAUACAGAAUGUGAUAUAAAUUGGAGACAUGUAUGGUGUUUCUCUGAACAUCAGCAAGAGAUACCACUUGGCUUAAAAUCUUGUAUGCUAGAACUGAGAGUGGUCCUCUGUCCAAAGCUUUUAAUGUCUACUCUAAUGUUAGCAACUUUAUUGGCUCCACCUUGAUUGACAUUCACUCACAGAAGGUCAUUAUGUAUUUUAUUUUGAAAAUAAAUCAAAUGGGACACUAGAGGGACACCAAUAAAUGGGACACCAAUAUAAAAUUGCUGCUCAUCCGGGAAUCUGGAUGGCUUAGGCUGCAAUCCAAAACCCAUUUGCCCCUCCUCCAAGCCCUGCCAGUCCUUGCUGACUUCCACCCAUGGAACAAUGCCAACAUCAUUCUGCCAGCACAGAGAUGAUGGCAUUGCUUUGUGCUGGCAGAGUGAUACUUGCAUCACUCCAUGGGUGGAAAUCAGCAUGGAACUCCCUGUUCCACCUGCAAAGUGGGUAGGUGGGCAGAAGGGCCAGUGGCAGAAUCCCUGUUGGUAAGAGCUGAUGGAAAACCUCAAAAUGAGGCAUUCCAGUGACAGAGAGGAGCUAAGCUAGCCCAGGAUAUGUUGGAUUCAAAACCAUCCCCUUUGCCUCCACUUGACAGGAAGUGGAAAUGAUGGAUGAAAAAUGAAAGGCUAAUGGCAUCAUAAGUAAAAUGAAAUGCUGAAAUUGUUCUCUUCUGAUUUAGAAUUGCAACCCUGAUGUCUUUCACACAUGGGGGAGGAACACAACCCCAAGAAUGAAAACAUGAAAUAUUCAGAAUAUUAGAAUCAAAAGAGAGUGGUUACUAGAUUUCACAUGCUUAGAUUAUUUUGUUUUAGAGCCAAAUACCACAAAAAAUCUUAGCCCUGAAGGUUUAUGUUGCAAUAAGUUUUAAAUAGAAGAAAAUUAUGUGUAUGGGUAAAAGUACUUCUAAUGGGCAUGCCUUCUUCAUUCAGCAUCACUUUCAAAGAUGUUUUAAGAAACUAUUGAAAUGGAAAUGCAUUCCGUAUUGCCCUAUUUUCAUUGUAAAUAUCUGAGGAGACAAGUCCUCUCAUUAAUAUUAAGUUCAAAAUGGAUUCAAAAAUUCACAUUGAUAACAUAUCACUGUGUCAUGUUCAUUGCCAUAAUAUUGUUUUCACCAUGAAAUGUUAUUAUCACUGAGCUUGAUUAAUGCAAAAACGUGGAUUCAAGAAAUUCCAGUGACCAAGGUUAGUGACUCCUAGUGACUUAAAGAUGCUGACUGCAAAUUGACUUUUCUCUCAUUUUCAGAAUUGGGAGGCUUUUUGAUGGCACAGAGCCAAUUGUUUUGGACAGCCUGAAGCAGCACUACUUCAUUGACAGAGAUGGCCAAAUGUUCAGAUAUAUCCUGAAUUUUCUACGAACAUCAAAGCUCCUCAUACCAGAUGAUUUCAAGGUGAAAUUUUAUGCAUCGUCAUCAUCCUAUUUGAAAUGUUUAGAAUGUUUAGAGUAAUCAGAACUGCCAUGUGCCGGGAGCAAGGCUUGUGGGUUGCAUUGAUGGAUGCUGGCAAAUAAUAGAUCUCUUAAAUGAAUAUUUGAAAAUAUUGAGCCUACAGUUUAACAAGUGAAUUAUAAAACACAUUUCCUAUCAUGGAAGGAGUCUGUGCAUGUAAAGCAUGCUUCCACCUGACAUUUCCUGAACACAUGGACAGGGAGGCAGUGCCAGUGAAUAGAGGAAAGUGUGAGUUGAACCACCAGACAGUCUUAAACUGUAAACAUCCAUACCAUUGAAUGGCUCCCCAUGCAGUUUGGUUCCCAUUUGUAUCAUAGAGGCUUAACCUAUGAUCAUAAGCCACCAUAAGGGUAAGAUUGUCAGCUGUACUUUGAUUGAAGACGCUAUCUUUCCAUUUUGAGUCCCUGAGAGGCACGUGGAAGGUAGGUCCAUAAACAGCUACCAGUCUAAUAGUUAAAUGGAACCUCUAAAUGAAGAACAACGUGCCCCUGAAUGCCAGCUUCCAGUGGGCAGCAGCAGGGAAGGGCCACUGCCUUUAUGCCAGGAAUGGGGCACAUUCCCACCCAACCCACAGUCUCCCUCCCUCCCCCUGCUUCCCUCAGCAGCAUGGCUGCUGUUGAGAACAAGAUGGACUGUUGUCUAAUCCAACAGGACUUUUAACAUUCAUAGGAAUGCAGUCAAAACCUUAGUCACUCAACCAGUUUAUUGAGCAUUCAUCUUUAUUCAUUUGCAGAAGGUUGGCAAAGAGGUUAGAUAAUGGCUCCUGUUGAUUGAGUAUUCAUUCUGAUUUGUUCAGAGCUUGUGUAUCAUGCUAAGUAAUUGUUGUCCCUCACUUUCCUCACUUGUAAAUAGUUCAGAUUGUUUUUUGGAAGGAGGUUGGUUGUGCAAGAGCACCAGAUCCACUUUAACUGCACAACCUAGACAGUUGAAUCCUAAUUGCAGAAUGCAGCAACAGCCUCAGAGCAGUCCCCAUGCAGAAUCUUGACUUGAACCAGAUAAUUGUAGGUUAUUCAUACAAAUGAUCUACUUGAAUGAGCAACGUAACCUGUGAUCAAGGAGCUCAUGAUUUAUUUAUUUUUAUUUGCUGCAUUUAUGCUCAAGGUGUGAGCCAGGAGAUCAAGGUGGUAUGCAUGUUCUCUUCUCUCUUUUUCUUCCCUAUUUAUCCUCAAAAUAAUCCCGUGAUGCAGGCUUGACUAAGGGAGAAUAACUGGUCCACGUCACCCAGUGAGCUUCACAACUAAGUGGAGAUUUGGACCUGGGUUUCCCCCCGUCAGUCCCACUACUUUUCUGUAGGACUUACUUGAAGUUAAGUAUAUUUAGGAUCACAGUUCUGAAUAAUGAAAUUAUCCAGUACAAGGAUGCAGCCUGUUUAAACUAAGAUAGAUAGAUAGAUAGAUAGAUAGAUAGAUAGAUAGAUAGAUAGAUAGAUAGAUGAUAGUGAAAAUGUGGGUCCUAUCAGCAAAAAUAAUACACUUCCAUACAUGUGCAGAAAAACUUUUUUAAAACACAAGUUUAAAUGAGCAACUUUAGUUUAAUUCAUAAAACCUAUUCUUACUUUAAACACCUGGCUUUUAAAACUAUACACCUCUGUGUGCCAUCAUAAUUAAUAUUUUCUUGCCCUCUCUUUUUUAAUCCACACCUUAAUAUGAUAUGCCCUAACAUGGCAUUUGUUUGCAUUCAGAUGGGUGGUUUUUUUCUCUCUCAUUCAGAUUUGAUGGGGGAGGAACCGUGAAAAGAGGUGAAGAAUUUCAAGAUACUGUGUAAUUGUUUUAUCCCUCUUGCUUGAGGGGCUGUAUUUUCACAAAAAAAGGUUUUGUGUGAGCACUCUUAAAAACCCAGCCUCAGGUUAUUGGAAACAUCUGGCCCCACUUAUCUGCUCAGUAGGAAAAUCAAAAUGUGUUUGACUGAUGAAAUGAGCUCUAGCUCCAGCCACAGAGCUAAACUGCAGUCUUUACAAAACCCCUUAGUACCAACUUGCCCUUCGCAAGCAUUCUUAGGGCACACCACUCUUUAAAUGGCGCUGUCUAAAAAUAGCCUUUAAGCGCAUAUGUCCACAUGAGACUCAGCAUCUGCCUCUACACUGUCCCUAAUGGUUUUCUUUCCUGAAGGUAGGUCAGUCAUUUAAAAAAAAGGGGGAGACGGCGUUGCCCUUCUUGUUCACAGUUCGUAUUUGUUUUCAGUGUAGGUAAAAUAGAUUUAAAACCUAGCCACUUCAAAUUGUGAUGAUGUCACUGUCCAUUCUGUUUUGAUACAUAAUAUAACCGAGUCCAGUUUUGAAGAGACAUUCAAGGUCACCUAGUCCAAACUUGUGCCAUGGGCAGGAUUCUUUAGACAGAAGGUAUCUCUGACACAUUUUUUCCUCUUGGAAGAAGUCUAGAGAACAAGAUCUUAUCACUUUUUGUGAGCAGCAUUUUCCACAUACAAGCACUUCUUACUCUCCAAGCCUGAACCACCUCUUGCUACAGCUGGAACCAGUUGCUUGCCAGCUAGUCUUCCUCUCUAUGGGAGCAUGUUCCUUUGCUAUUUGAAAAAUUAUUAUACCCCACCCAGACCUUGAUCUUCCCUUUCUCAGUUUAACUUACAUAAUUGUAAUAUGAAUUUUCAAUUCCUGUUUUUUUUCCUUGCUGAUUUUGAUUUAUCUAGCUUUUGCUGGAAUCUUUAAACUGGACAUUAUGAUCCUGGUGAGGCAUGCUUUGUGGGCUUUAUAUGUCAUGGGCCAAUUCAGAACUUCGGGUGUAUCUUAAAUACUUUUAGGGUGGGGUCCAGACAGCUGCAGGACAUACCUCUCUGAUCCUCCAUCUACCUUGCAGGUACUUGGUGGCCAGGCUAGCUAGUCAUUUCCCUAACUCUUAUGAUGUUUUAGAAAUGUGCUGGUUUGUUUUCUGGUUGGGGCGGGAAGAUGUUACUAUUUCAUCUGGUAUUGUAGACUUUUAUCUUCAUUGUUUUGCAUAAACACACACAAACACACAUUUACUGAUUGUUAUCUUUUUUGUAAGCAGCAUAGUUUUUUAUGGCAUGUAUUUGUUUUCAAAUGUAAGCUUCUUGGAGACUUUUUAGGUAACUAAUAAGUCCUAAUAAUAAUUCUGGUAUUAAGUGUUAUAUACAAAUAUGAAAACAGGACCAAACAUCAAAACUAAUGGAGAAGAUAUUUGGGGAUGUGGCCGGGUAUCUACAUGUAUCAGGUUUGCCAUAAUCUGUCUUAUCCCAGAAUGUACAUUAUUUCUGGCCAUUGCAUCUAGACUUUGGGGGGGGUAUUGUUUUUGUUCCAUUAUAUGCUUUUUUGUUUUUGUAUUAUAAACCACCCUGUGAUCUUUGGAUGGAGGGUGGUAAAGAAAUUUAAAGGGGACAAAAAUGUUUCUAGAGUUACCUAGCCUCAUCCAGAUGUGUGUAUGACUCGGGAUGCCUCAUACCAUUUACAAUGAGGUCAAAGUGCAUUUUUACCUUUUUUUAAAAAAACAACACACAAACAUAAAAAAGGUCAUAUUGAUGACCUUCACUGCUUAGUUCAGAGGUGAGCCAGAUAUUCAGCACUUGGAAGUAUCUCAUAUUUUGAAGAAAAUAUUGAAUCUUAUUAAUAUUAUUUUUGUAUUUGUACAUGCACACACAAUACUCUUGUCAAAGCACAUAUGAGCCAAAGUAUAAACUUUAAAGCCACAAAUAUAGUUAAUUCAAAACACACACACAAACACACCAAUGUAACUAUUAUAUGUAGUACAAUAAAAUGUAGUAAAAUACAUCUUCCUAGCAGUGGGUUCAGAAUAGAGACUAGUUUGACACCAACCAUUUAAAUAUUAGUCUUUUGGUGCAGAUUAAAUAUUAGUCUUUGGUUGCAGUCAUAUUCCCACUUACCUGGGAAUAUGCCCCGUUAAACUCGGUGGCACCUGCUUCUGAGUAGACAUGAAUAGGAUUGCAUUAUAAAUAACGUAACUUUGAAUGUUAUAUGGAACCAUGCCUAAAUGUUCACUAAAGCUUAUAGAUUAUGUUCCCUUUAUCAAUCAAGACAGUUGUCAUAUCAAAGGGAAUGUAGUCCUGCCCCCCUUUUUUAACAAAUUGAUGUUAUGUGUGCUAAAUUACUGCAUUUCCAUUUUGAUGCUUUCAAACACCAAUCUUUACAACCUUCCCUACUAUAUUAAGUAUAUUUCUGUAGCAAAUGUCAUAUCCCUUGCUUCUUAGAUGGUCUGGUCUAGAGGCCAGUCUGUGUUCAGCACCAGCUUUCUAUCCAUGUGCUGAAGUGAAUUCAAUAUUGAGUUUAUUUUUCUUAUAUACUGUAGAUGUAGGAUGAGAUCCAAUGUUGCACCAGUAGGUAUGUCCCCCCUGCAGUCCCUCUGCCCCCCAACCUUCCCAUAGCAGUUUUUGGGUGGCAAACUUGAAAGAGGCUGCAGUAGAAAGGAAAUGAUGAGGAAGUCUGUUCCACAAGCAAGUUGACAAUGUUGGAUUGCCAUUCGUACCCUGUAGCGGCAUGUAUGUUUCUCGUUGGCAAUGAAAAUUAUGUGUCUUUCAGGAUUACAGCUUGUUGUAUGAAGAAGCAAAGUAUUUUCAGCUUCAGCCCAUGCUAGGGGAGAUGGAAAGGUGGAAACAGGAUCGGGAGACAUGCCGGUUUUCAAAAUCCUGCGAGUGUUUGGUUGUGCGAGUUGCUCCGGAUCUUGGAGAGAGGAUUACCUUGAGCGGCGACAAGUCUUUGAUAGAAGAGGUUUUCCCAGAAAUUGGUGAUGUGAUGUGCAAUUCAGUCAAUGCAGGUUGGAAUCACGACUCAACACAUGUCAUCAGAUUUCCUUUAAAUGGCUAUUGUCAUCUCAAUUCAGUUCAGGUAUGUAGACACCAGUACAUCAGUUUUAGGGCAAGCUGGUAAAUAUGUGAACCAGAGUGAGGUUUAAACAAACAAACAAAAAUAUUGAAAGUAAAUCAAUCCAAGCCCUUCCUUAGAGGAUCAGUUGUAUUCUUUUUCUUAUUAUUUAUUAAAUUCUUAUUCUUUAUUAAAUUUGUAUACCAUCCUUCAUUCGUAGAUCUCAAGGCAUUUCACAACAUAAAAAUACAAUAUAAAAACCACAAAAUAUGUAAUAAAAAUAAGAACAAAAACAAGCCAAUGAUUCCCCCUCCCACAACACAUUUUAUUUGAUACACUGGGUCUAAUGGCUUGUGCUGAACCUAUUCAGUAGAUAAUGGAGCAUGCAGAUGCUUCUGAGAACAAGGCAGUUUCCAUGUUCUCAGCAGCAGCUGCAUAUGACGUGAUGAGAAGAGCCACGUACUGUCACUUAAAUGAAUUGGGUUAGUGAAAAAAUAUGUUGCAGAACUCAUCCUGGAAGGUAUUGUUGAAUAUCUAUGGGGAAGAUACAUAGGAGGCUAACCAUUUAUGGAACAACCUGUGGUGGCUUAUGAGAUUUCUCUCCACUCCAUGGUGUCAUGUUUUAGGAGCUAUUUUCAACAAUUGUUGCGGGUUCAGGAACAUUUUAUUUAGCUGCCAGAAUUUAAAAACAUCUGAAUAUUCUACAUGAUUGACACAAGACCUGUCUUUAGUAGAUCAAUCAGCUAGUACGUCUACCCCUUUAUCCUACACUGCUUUACCCUAACUUUCCUAGUGCGGGGAAACAGUUGAAGUUUGAAUAUUAUGCCUUCUCAGUCUACAUACACACACACACAGAGAGAGAGAGAGAGAGAGAGAGAGAGAGAAUAAUACAGUGAAAAAUUCCUGAAGAAUAAGGUCUGGUUGUAUCUGAUUAAUGCUCAACACCUGUAUUUCAAUCAGUCUUUGAAAGACCUUGCCUUGAACAUUUGGUUUGUUCUGUUUUAAUCAAUGUCUUUUAAUUUACAUUGAACAUUCAAGAUUAAAACAAAUCCCUACAGCUACAGUUUAAAGAUACCAGCUGCAUCCUGCCCCAGAUCAUUUUAACUUUGGCUUCUAAACACUGAGCUAAAUAAAGAAGUUCAGAGAUCACAGAAGUACUAGAGGAUUGGAGAUUAUGAGCACGUUUAUAUCCUAAUUUUCUUCCAUCAUGGUCCUAAAUGGUCUCCCUUCCUAGAUGGUCUCCUAUCCAGAUUCAAACCACCUUAGCUUCAGCAAUAUGGGUCCAUCCGUGUACUCUCAGAACAUGCUUCUGGAGUUCCAAAAGCAUGGAACAUUUAUCAGGAAAACCUUUGUGUGUCUGUGUCAUAGGCAUUUAGAAUAAUCAAGAGGAUGCUUACAUUAAUCUUGGUGAGCACAUUAGGUGAAGGGAUUUUUAGUUUUAGUUUUAGUUUUCCAGUGAGAGUUUGAAAGGGAGCCUAGGUGUUAAUGGAGUUUUACUCCUACACCACAAUCAUCUGCAUGUCUACUCAGGAGUAAGCCCAUUGAGUUAAAGGCACUUACUCAUCAGGUGAGCAGUAAGUCAGAUCAAAGGCAACAACCUUGAAAUUAGCAGACUUUCAUGUACUUCCUUCCAAAUUAGAUAUUUCCAUACAGAUGUUGGGUGUGUCUCAUCUCUCUGUACAUAGGGCCCUACAGAUAUCCUUUAUAUUGUGCAUUCAUGAAAAGUUAUUCUCACAAUAGUAUUGUAGUGAUUAUAGGCAACUUCGCUUUCGAUUCCAUUUGCUCCUGCAAAGGUUUUGAGGCAAACAUACUACUUAGUUUCCAGCAGUUGCAUAUCCCAUAGUUUGCCACUGAAAUCCUGUAACUUUCCAUACCACAAAAGUUUGCAAGGGGAAGGGGGUUGUCCUGCUUUUGUUGUGCCAUAGCAGAAGUGUCUUUCCAGGUGGCAAAAACGUAGCCUCUUUAGGGAAGCGUCACAGAACGCCUGAUAAAGUGGAAUGAUGUGUGGGUGUUCCAGUAUAAAUCCACCACUAAUGCACUAUUAUUGCAUCCAUGACCUGUUGGAGUACCCAAAAUAAAGCCCAGAAUGGAAGGCUCAUAAGACACUGUACCUCUAUCAGUUCACUUGUUAUUGUCAUCACCACUGACAUCAACUGGUGGCCAGUUGGCCAUGGAUUGGGAGAAAUAGUUCUCAUGCCAAAGAUUGGCCCAUGGGCUGGAAGUUUCUCACUCCCACACUAAUGGGACGACGGCAUUGGAUGUUGCCCUACAUUUUUUUUAGAAAUCAUGCAAAGGUGAAUGGAAUGAAGAGGCUGCAAUUUCGAUAUUCAUUUAGCUACAGUAGCUGCUGUUAAUGUCUUGAAAUCUAUCAGUAGUUAUCAUUGAGGAGGGAGUCUAUGUUGCAUAAAUAUAAAGUCGUUAAGUACAUAAUAAAAAAGUACAUGAAAACAGAUUUUGUUUUUCACAAUUACACUGCUGCUGUUGUUGUUUUUAAUCUUUUGUUCUUACCCAGUCUUUUCUUCAUCCUAUUUUGUAGGUACUUGAGAGGUUGCAACAAAGAGGCUUUGAAAUUGUUGGCUCCUGUGGAGGAGGGGUGGACUCUUCCCAGUUCAGUGAAUAUGUACUUAGGCGAGAACUCAGAAGGACAUCUCGUUCAUCCUCUGUCAUUCGAAUAAAGCAAGAGCCUCUGGACUAAGGACAUUUUUUUUUCUUAUGCGACAACAAAAAAGGGGACCUUUUUCCAUGGGCAGUCGGAACACCAAAAGAGCUCUGGAAUGAAACAUUGAAUAAAGACACAUUUAUAUCAAAUAUAGAGACCAUACCUGUAUUGAUACAGGAGCAUUUGGAUUAGUAAUAAUAACCUCAAGGUGUAAAAUAUGUAUAUGUAAAAAGUUAGAAAUACAAAAAGAAAGAAAACCCCCUUAAAAUAGUAGGUGAGAUUGGUGCUGUGAGGGCCAUUAAGUGUCCUAGGCCAUAGCCAGGCCUGAUUUACAAUAAAGAAGCCAUUGCCAGAAGGGGAGGCUCACAGCUCCCUUCCAUUUUCCAUUGCCAAAUGGUGAUCUGUUUUUCAGCAUGUACAUCCUGAAUCAAGUUUGCAGGUGUUUGUGUUAGAGAUGACUGGGCACAACUCUAGAAAGCAUCCAUCCAUUACACAACAGAGGUCAUGAACAGGAAGUCACACACUUCUGUCUGUCUGACAGAUGUGAACCAUCUUAUUUUUUUAUCAGAUGGAGUCAGAAUUUAUUCCUACAAGGCAGAGUUGCUCUGGUUUGACUCCAGUGCAUUCAUUUUUAUUAUUUUUUAGUCAAAUGAAGUACACUAAAUUCUGUUAAUGUCUUGAUUUAAGUCAACAAUAGUAAAGAAAAAAUGAAAAAUGUUUAAAAAUCAAGAUGAGCAUUUGCUUUUAACUUGCUCUGUUAUGCAUCUGAUACAUUCAUUGGACAGUAAGUGGUGCUGAAUUCUGUGCACAAACAACAAUAUGAAGGCACACAUACGUUACUUAAAGAAAGGCAAUGUGCUUUAUCUUUAGUUCAUAGUGGCAAACGGUUCUAAUGCACCUCAGGGUGCUUCUUUCUCUCCAUCAUUGAGACAAGUGACCUAAUGUUGGUUAAUACGAUCUUUUCAGUCCUGGGCAAUUAUGUUGUAAAGUCAUUAAAUGCAGGCCUGUACGACUGCUUUUACGUCUAUCUAAUGCUAACAUCCCUGUGUAGUAUAAUUUCAUCACUGCCCAUAAAUUCACAAGUAUUGUUUUCCUUUCUGAGUAGUAUAAUUCUGCACAGUUUUGCCGAAGAUGUUGUUUUAAGGAGAAGGGCAGGCCCUCCAGCCACUGAGUAACAAUACAGGCAAGUCCCCACAUAUGUUUGUUUGACUUGCAUGUGACUGUGUAUACGUGCGGCGCCAAGAAAUAAAUAAUGAUGGGAGAGACCUGGAAAGUCAAGGGUAGACAGAAAGUAGAUCUGGAUCUACUAGUAGAUCUGUGGAUGAUUUGCUGUGAUUUCUGACUCCCCAAAGCAACAAACAAAUGACCCACCUCUGCCCCAUAUAAUACUGUAAUGAUGAAAAUUUAGACUAACCAAGAAUGUGUUUUUUGUGUGGAAGGACUGUGCACAACAUCCAGUUCUGGCACUUCUGGAAUCAGAAUUAGUUAAUCUUAAAUUUAUAUCUUUUGCAGCAGACUCUGGCUGGUAGAUCCUGAAGUCUGCCUACCCCUGGUCAAAAGGAGCAAUUGCAAAGCCAGUUGAGGGGCCACAGGAAAUGGUAUGAAAACUGCUCCGUUGGUGGAGCACAAGAUCCACUAGCAGGACAAAACUAUCCUUAAUACAAAACCUAGUGACCAAAAUCAGAUAAGGAGAAGCUUGUAUUUUUAAAAAGGACCAAAAACACAGUAAAAAUAACUAUCAGAUAACUAACUACAAUAGUAAGUUCAUAAUAUCCCAUCAUAAGCCAAACGCACUUUGACGCAGAGGUCUUAAUCAGUGGCCUUAAUACAGAAAGAAACAUAGUGCAACUAUUCUGUAGGCUUUAGCUCUUGACUUUGGCUUCAAAUCUCUCUUAUUAACAACCAACCAAAUUAUUUUUUAUCUCUAUUUCCAUCAAUGUAAACUUUCCCAGGAUACAACCAUACAGAUUUACCUUCUUUCUACAGAUUCAAAGUGGUAUUUUUCAAGGUCACAAGAUGUGACAGUUAAAAAGAAAGUUAAAGAGAGACUAUAAUUGGUUCUCAUGCUGGCUUCUAUAUGUUGGUUAUUUUAUUGCAUAGUACUGAAUGUUUUGAUUUUUUUCUGUAAUGCUUGGGGGGGAGGAGCCGUUUUAAAAGGGUGGGGGAGGAUUUCAUUCUCACCUAGAGCUAAACAAGCAAAGCCUCUGGGAAGCAUUUUUCAUAAUUUCCAGAGGAGUAGUGAAAACAACAAAAAGUGUCAUGGCACCUUAAGAACAUAGAGAGAGCCUGCUGGACCACACCAAAGACCUGUGUAGUCCACCAUCUUGGUCUUACAAUGACCAGCCAGAUGCCUGUAGGAAGCCUGCAAACUGGACAUGAGCAACAGCACUCUGCCCACCAGCGAAUCCCAGUGACUGGUAUUUAGAAGCAUACAGCCUCUUGACAAAGGAGGUAGAACAUAGACAAAUUCAUGGCCACUAGCCACAAUGGCUAAGCCUCAUUUAAAGCCACCCAAGCUGGUGGCCAUCACUGCCUCCCAUGGGAGUCAGUUUCAUGUUUUAUCUUUUCUUUUAUCUGUUCUGAACCUUCCAAAAUUCAGAUACAUGUUCAUGAGUUUUAGUGUUAUGAGAGAUGGAGAAGAACUUUUACCUACCCAUCUUCUCCAUGUUAUACAUAAUUUUGUAAACUUCAUCAUGUCACUUCUUACUGGUCUUUUCUCUAAUUAAAGUUCCAAACUCUGCAACCUUUCCACGUAGCAGGGGUUGCUCUCAUUUUGGUCGCCACUUUCUGAAGCUUUUUGAGCGCCACAAUAUCCUUUUUGAAGUGGGCUAACCAGAACGGUACACGGUAUUCCAAAUGCUGUUGCACUAUCGAUUUGUAUAACGGCAUUAUGAUAUCACCAGAUUUAUUUUCAGUUCCUUUCCUAAUGAUUCCUAGCGUGGAAUUUGCGAUUUUCACAGGUGCUGUUGACAUCUUCCAUUAGCUACAACCCCAAAGUCUCGUUCCUGGUCAGUCACCUCCAGUUCAGACCCCAAGAGUGAAAUGAAGGUGUAUAUUUUUUGCUCAGAUAAACAUCACUUUAAAGACUAACACCAUUAUUUUGGCAUACUCUUUGAUGGACUAUAGUCUUGUGCCAUAAUAAAUGUGUUAAUCGUCAAGGUGCCCCAAUACUCUUCGUUGUCUGUUCCAGUGUAGCCUGGAGCCAAUGUCAAGGCAUUGGCUAUCCUGGUGAACAAUAAUUUGGUUGGUUGUUAAUCAAGGAGGUUUGCUUCUCCUUUGAAGGUCUUGCUCUCCUUUGAGGUCUCAUAUACUAUAAAGCCAAUUGAAUUGUUCUGCUUUGUUUGUUAUAUUUAGACCACCUCUGUCAAAAGGUGUUUGGCUUAAGCUGUAAUAUCCUUAAUGAUUUGGCCUACUACAGAUUUAUUAUUCAAGUAUGUAUCUGGUAGUUAGUGUAAUAACCUUUCUUUCCAUUUUCUUUCUUUCUUUUUAGGAACACAUUCCUGGCACCUGAGAGCCCCUAGUAUGUGACAUACAUAUCCCAGUGGUGGUGUUUCACAAAUUAUGGGGGCCAGGACAGGACAGGGGGGCGCGUCUCUAGGUUCUGCAGGGUCCUAAACCCCCUUGUUCCCCUGACACCUCACCAAAAUGGGCCUUAAACUGCGGAUCCGGUUUAGUUAAUUCCAUGCCAUUGACCACAAUAGGAAGGAAAUAUAAAUGUUUUUGUUUUCUUAACAGUAACAGGGGAAGGGAUCUGCUUCCUAAUUCUCACCCUGUACACAGGAAUCCAGCAGGACUUUGACCAUUCUGGUUGCUCUCCCAUGGAAACUACCAGCAGCAUCAGCAACAACAGCAUAUGAGUGCUUUGCCCACCUCCUGUCCAGAUUUGCUAAUAUAAGGGUUAUCUCAUUUUUCUUUAGGUCUCCUCUCUUCCUUGUAAGGGAGGGACAAUUUGAAUAAUGGCUGGCAUAUAUUUUUUGAAUGGACAGUGGGCAUUGAGUUUUUUUUUUCAAAUAUUUUUGGUCCCCGUCUAACUUGGAGCAUCCUUUGAAUUUUUACACUUGGCAAAAUUUGAACUACUUAGUAUGCAAAGUGCUUUCUGAAUCACCAUUUAAGUCUACUGUAUUGCAGCCAGAGCUUCUCCUAGCCUCUCGACUGAAACAGUUUUCUUUCCUCCCUUGCCCUCUUCUUGUUUUUUUUUAAAACCCAAACAGCACUCUUCCUCUGACUUUACAAACCCAGAAAACAGAUACAGUGGUACCUCUGGAUACGAACAGGAUGCGUUCCGGAGCCCCGUUCGCAUCCAGAAGCAAACAUAACUAGUGAUGGCACGUCUGCGCACAUGUGUGUCACUUUUCACUGCUUCUGCGCAUGCGCGUGACGUCAUUUUGAGCGUCUGCACAUGCGCAAGCGGCGAAACCCAGAAGUAACACACUCCGUUACUUCCGGUUUGCCGCAGAGUGCAACUCGAACACGCUCAACCCGAAGCACAUUCGACCCAAGGUAUGACUGUAUGUAGUAAUUCUUAAAAACUCAAAAGCCAGCACACUGCUUUGGGGUUUGUUUUUAAGUUUUUAAUUUGGUCCUUAUAAAGGUCUGGUGCUGUUGCUAUUUGGGGUUUUUCUAAGAACCUACAUAGCUGCCUCCAUUUAUUUUAUUGUCUUAAGUUAUUCUAAUUGCUUAAUUGGUUUUGGCUUGUCUCAACAGAGAUUACAAGGUAUACAACAGAAAACCCAUACUGUUCACAGGUGAUGCUUUUGUGGCAUAAGACUCACCAAUCACCAAUCACCACAUUUAUCCUUACCCAAAAUACCUUUUUAUAUCCAAUACUGUAUAUUAAGUAAGCUAUGACUACACACUCCUCCUCCUUAUGGAACAGUGAACUGAAACAAUGGUGCAAACAUUCCGUUUUAUUUUAUUUUAUUGUGAGACUUGAAGCUCUGAAUUCAAGCUUUUCCCAAUCAAACAAAAAGGGUCUAUUCUGGUAUAUCUCAAACCAUCCAAAGCUAAAGGAAUUCUUCUGGGUUUUAUAAAAUAAGGGCAGGUAGUCUUGCAUCUCCCAGAGGGUAUGGCAGGGGAACUUAAAUUGAUCAUGCCAGGAAAUAAGUGGGAGGAUAAAUCCCAUACAUAAAUGUUCAGUACAUUGAUGGCAAAACUCAGAAUUGCCCUACAAGUAUCAGCUUGUAAAAUAAAAUACAACUUUGCUUUUCCAGUGUGGUGUAUAUCUAAAGCGGAUAAGCUUAAAAAUACUGGAUAAAAUGGCAAAUGAUGUUAACAUAGAGUUGCACUGAGAAGGUAGAUUGAGUAAAUUUCUGGAUUCAGAUUUGUAAAUUUGGACAAUAGCAGUUCUAUUGUAUUGCUGUUUCUGGAUCAUUGUUAAAUGUUUUGGUUUUUUAAUGAUGGCAGUUAGUCUUAAUGAAAUAAAUGUAUGUGCAUUUUUUAUUUAACUUUUUUUUUUUUUGCACUGAGGUGAAAUGGAAGGAAUAUGAACUCUGGUACAUCCACAUUUUAAAAACUGUUUUUAACCAGUAGAAUAAUCUGUAAACAUGUAGGGAAGGUACUUUAUAAGUACCCUACAUGUACUUAACUUGGAAUAUUUUGCAUGUUCACUCCCCAUAACCUUGAAAGAAAAGGGUGGAGAUUCUAAAUUUGAGGAGUGGGACUAUGUGAAAUUGUCUCUUGCCCAAAAUGUAGCAUAUUUGACAGGCAACGACAGACUACACAUGGUUUUGGAUUCUGUGUUUUGGUAUUUUGAAAGAAAUACUAUCACACAGGACUUAGUCUUCCCCCUUACAAAUGCUGCAACUUAACAUUGCUGUUUCUGGGCUGCACUUGAUACAAUCUGAGGCCCUUAUCAUUCAUCAUACUUGUCCAGUUUUCUGAAGCAAACAUUAACAUCUCGCUCCUUUCUAAAUCUUUGAAUAGUCAGAUAAACACUGCAUUGAAUGUUAUUUUUUUGAACUGAAUCACAAAUUGUGGAGGUCUGGUAUGUUAAUGGCACUGUACUCUAGGUCACAGACAUGGGCUCCAAGGUCAUGAACUGAAUAAAAAUAAUGCAACAAGGGCAAACAAUAUGUAGACUUGUAGGUGACACUGAUUAGCCCUUUACAAAGAAAGCAGACUCUUUUAACAAUCUGUCAAAUGUCAUUUAUUAAAUCAGAUCAAUAGAUACAAGCAAUAAAUAUAUUGAAUAAGGAAAAAACCAGUGAUGGCAACCAGCUCUCUUUUUACAGGUUAAUAACAUUGUGAUGCACUGUAGUUGUAAUUUAGCUACUUUUUAAAAUUAACAAUAAUAAUGAAAAUAAUUGCAUUUGAUGCCAUCAGCAGGUGCUGUAUUUUUGCUGUAAUGCAUGGGAAAAGGGAAAGGAACAUCAGCUGCCAACAUUGUGUGUUCUGUCAACAUGAUUAAGUGGUAGCAGAGGGACUGCUGGGAACAUACACUGGAAAUGCCACACAACGUGACCUUCCUCAGAGUAAAAAUGUGGCUGGAGGUGGAAAUGAAACUAGGUUCCAAAGGCAAAUUGAAGGCACUGUUGCUUAUAUCAAUGAUCAAUGCAUUUUUACCAAUACAAAUACCUCUUUCUAGUU